AUGGCAGAAGUCAGACUGACAGUUCAUAGUGAGGUGAGGGCUUCUCCGCAUCAGAGAUUGCAGAAUUGGGGGCAAAGACCACGGGCAGUGGGUCUGAGGGAUCCAAUCCCUACUCUUUUGUUUUCCCCAGUACUGACCUCAGGCUCCGGAAAAGCCUUGAAGAGCUGUGGCACAACUGCAACAAGAGAAGGACAUGUGGACAAGUUAGUUCAUCCCUUAGCAGCUUCCAAGAUUAUUCCAAGAGACUUCUCCUUAAUUUCCCUGCUUCUACUCUUGUUAAGUAGACACCUCUAGACACACAAUGGACACCUGUAGUUAGUGGCUUUUAAGGGAGAAGUGAGAGAUGUCACAAUGGAGGGCAAAUCAUUGUUACCACGGCAACCCACCCACUUUGACCCUGGGCCAAUCUUGUUUAUUCAGAACUUUGAGGCACCUGCUGUUCCGUCUGCAGGUUUGCUGAAUUGUCUCUCUUCAGGGUUCAUUUCAUAUCAUUUUUCAUUCAGCCACAUAUCUAAAGGGAGACAAUCCCAACACCCCUUUAAAUGCAGUAGAAGACUCCCAAGUCUAGGGAUGUCCAUAGCACAGGAUUAGACAAUCUGCUUGAGCUGUGAUUUCCUGUGUUGCGGGGGGCUGGAUGAUGACCCUUAGGAGUAAAUUUCUGUGAUUCUACCUACCAUUUUAACCAGGAAAAAUGAUUUUAAAAUGUAUUUUUUGUGUAUGGAACUAUUUCAGAAGGCCUCUCAAAAGUAUGGGAAUAAAUCGAGCAUGCUUUGCUAAUUAUUUUACCCAGGAGCAAAAUGAACUGGAGGCGUUCUAACAACAUAAGGCAUAUCCCACCAAUUUCUUCAUGUUCCUGGCCAGGCUGUUGCCAUAUAAUUAUCACUGCCAAACUAACAGUGCUGAAACUUUGCUGCAAAGAAACUGCAGUUUCAUGAAAUGAGGACGCAUUAUUAUAACAAUUCGGGGAUUUGCUAAGUCUUCAUUACAUUGAUAACCAGUUAUUAAAUGUCUUUAAGAAGCUUCAGUUUUUCACGAAAGAUUCCAAUACUUUGAAAAAAAUUGUUUCUGAGAACUCGCAUCACUUAGAAACCUGUGGUGGACGAUGGAUUUCUGAACAGGAGGCAACGUGGAACUGAAGAGGAAUUCAAAAUGUGGAAUGGGAAUGAGGAAGGUGAAACUUAACAUUUUCAGUUUCUGAAAUAAGAAAGGCAGGUGCUUAGCCGGCAAUGGAAUGUAUGUUUUAUUUUAGAAAAUGUCUGUUCCACAUUUCAAUUCAAAAAAAGCCCCCCUCUCGUAGGUGGUUUCUAGAAUCCUCCCCUACAAAAAUACAGUUAGAAUAAGAUAAAAGUGAUUAAGAAUGUAUAAAAACAGCUGCAAGAGGGGCAUGAAACAAUUGGGUCUGUUUAUGAAUACAGCGGGGACACAGGUGGCGCUGUGGGUUAAUCCAGAGCCUAGGACUUGCCGAUCAGAAGGUCGGUGGUUCGAAUCCCCGCGACGGGGUGAGCGCUUGUUGCUCGGUCCCUGCUCCUGCCAACCUAGCAGUUCAAAAGCACGCCAAUAAGUGCAAGUAGAUAAAUAGGUACCGCUCCGGCAGGAAGGUAAACGGCAUUUCCGUGCACUGCUCUGGUUUGCCAGAAGCAGCUUAGUCAUGCUGGCCACAUGACCUGGAAGCUGUCUGCGGACAAAUGCCGGCUCCCUCAGCCAAUAAAGCGAGCUGAGCGCCGCAACCCCAGAGUCAGUCACGACUGGACCUAAUGGUCAGGGGUCCCUUUACCUUUACCUUAUGAAUACAGCAGCCUUGACAGAUUUAAGGCACUGCAGAAUAAAAAAUUUAUAUGUCAACCCCCCAAAAAUCAAGAGAGAGAUGAUAGCCCUCUUUCAGAAACUGCCUGGGUGAUGCUACCAAUAAUACCCCACUUUCUGUGUUCUCAUCAAGCUCAUCUCCAAAGCUGGUGUAACAGAGGAGAGCUUCAGAUUGUUAUGAAUUUGGAGGGUCAGUCUGGAUCACAGAAUCAUAGAACUGCAGAGCUGGAAGGGACCCAAGAGUCAUCCAGUCCAAUCCCCUACAAUGCAGGAAUCUCAACUAAAGCAUCUAGGACAGAUGGCCCUCCAACCUCUGCUUAAAAACUUCCAAUGAAGUAUACUGUCCACCAUCUUCCGAGGGAAUCCAUUCUUCUUGCUGUCAGAAAGUUUUUUCUGAUGUUUAGUGAGAAUUUCCUUUCUCCAAACUUGAAGCCAUGAGUUUGGGUCCUAUUCUGGAGAAGGAGAAAAUAAGCUUGCUCCACCUUCCUUGUGGCAGCCCUUUAGAUAGUUGAAGAUGGCUAUCAUAUCUCCUCUCAGUCUCCUCUUAUCCAGGCUAAACAUAUGCAGAUUUUUCAUCGUUCCUCUUAAGACUUGGUUUCCAGACCCUUCAUAAUCUUGGUCACCCUCCUCUGCACAUUUCCCAGCUUGUCAAUAUUCUUUGCACUUUGUGGUGCCCAGAACUGGACACAGGACUCCAGGUGUGGUCUGACCAUGGCAGAAUAGAGUGAUACAAUUUUACUUCUCUUGCUAUACUUCUGUUGAUGCCCUGAAUUUCUUCCAGUUCUUGGGAUCCUGUAUCUGGUGUAGUAGAAUGUAGGAGAGCAAGCCUGCCAGACCAGUCCCUAUGUCUAGGUAAGGGUUUUGGCUGACUAGUUAAGCAUCACAAUUAGCAUCUGCAGAAAGUUACUCUGUGCCACAAAACAAAUGGGUGGGCCUUCUCCCGGCCACACACUGCCUCACCUAGCUGCUAAGUAGAACAAUAGCCAGUGUGGGGUGUGUGAGCUAAGCUGGAAGCAGGCUGGAAGCUGAAGACACAGAGACAUGCUUGCUUUGUCCUGGAUCCAAAGCUUUAACUAAUGGAUCUGUUGGGGGUGUUAAUGCUGUUAGCCGCUCCAUGCUCUGGUUGUAUAUAUGUGUAAAUAAAACCAUAUAUCCUCAAAAUAGUCUCUACCAACCAUCAUCACAAGGAAAUUGAACUCUGGUCCAGCACCUGGAACUCCUGAACACUCACUGCUCAGAGAUUGGGGUCGCAUGCAACACCAUGUUGAAUGCAGUGGGAUAAGCACUAGUAUGUAUACAGGGGCACCUAGGAGGUCUGAGGGCUCUCCCCCUAAAAAAGUGCAGGUUUUGCUCCACCAUCUUGAUUCAAAAUGGCACCCAAAUGUAUCCAAAAAUUGACAACAUUCUGCUCCUUGAGCUCAGGAACCAUCAUGCAAAAUUUGGUUAUGUUGCCUUAAUUCAAAUGCAUAGACCCAGAUCCUGCCCCAAAUCUAGAUGGAGGUCAGCCCUAAUUUUUAGAAUUCAGAAAAGUGCAGAUUUCAAAGGCUGGUCAUAUUUCGGUUGAUGUAUUUCUUGGAAACUGUGACUUAGGUUGGUUUGCCUUUUAAUUCACACUGAAUUGAAAUUAUCCCCACUUAGAGUAGAGCCACUGAAAUUAAUGGAUCAAAAUUAGCCAUGUAUGUUAAUUUCAGUGGAUCUACUCUGUGUCUGACUAACAAGAGAUACAACCUGAAGAUUGCCUUUGUUUUGUCAAUAAAUAUAUAGUGCUUUUUUUCUUAAAAAAUGUUUAGGGGUACUCUCAUUUACCUACUCAUAUUGAAAUACUGCCCCUCAAUGAGGCCAAACUUAUAUUCACAAAAUGUUUAGGGGUGUGUGUACCCCUGUGUACCCCAAGGAAAAAGCACUGAAUAUAUAUGUUAUGGGGGGAAAAGGCAAAACUGUCCUGAUGAAUUUGGGAGCAUCUGCAUGCAAAGUGCUAAAUCAUCAAGCACCCAUCCCUUGCUAAGCUAAUAUUCAUGAAAUAUUAGCUUAUUAAGUUCCUCAGUCAUUAUCAUUAUCAUCAUAAUCAUUUCAAUUACGUACAUGAUUUCUCUAGGGAUUUUUAAAAAAAUGUAUGUGUUAAUACUAUAAUACUGUAAAUUUAUGUUUAAAUUAUAUUGAAAGUUGCUUGGAAUAAUAAGAACAGUAAUAAUAUAAUAAUAGAAUCACAGAAGUGUAGCGUUGGAAGGAUCCUCAGGGGUCAUCUAGUUCAGCCCCCUGCAAGAAUAAUAAUAACAAAUAAUUAGCAUUAUUACAAUUGUUGAAUACCCGCUGUUAUUGCUGCAGCUAUUGCGUUAUCUGAACUCACACCAGAGUUCAUGCCUCCUAUUAAUAUGCAAAUGAACGAGGGCACGAGCCCCACCCACGGAGGAGCCCCACCUGGAGGGCAGAGGUGACAAAGGAGAAAGGGAGAGCCACUCUCACGCUUCCACGUGCUCCGAUUGGUCCAGGCAGAGCAGCGCCCCGCCUCGUCUUUUGAUUGGACUGAAAUGGAGGCGUCGCAGGGGCGUGGCGAGGAGGGCGAGCGGGCGUGGCCAAUGCUCGGAGGCGCUAAAAUAGUUGCGGAAGCGCCUGCCCGCCAAGAGCCUCCCAGGCGCGCCUCCCCGUUUCAGCCAAUCAGCCGGCGCCUCAUUUUCCUCCUCCUCCUCCUCCUCCUCCUCCUCCUCCCUUUCUUUUGACAGCGCCGAGCAGAAAACGGACGUGGGCGCGCCUUUUUCUCUUUUUCCCUGCUCCCCAUUGGACAGCAGGAAGGACGCGCUGUGAUUUCUCAUUGGCCGCCGCGGCCCGCCCUUUCCCAUUCCUGCGCGUCCCUCCCCCUCUCUUAUGCCAGGCAAGCAGGCAGGGAGGGCGGAGAGCUGCGCAAGGGUCGAUCGACGGGAGGGGCGGGCCAAUCGGGGCCUUGCGCGCCGCGAAGCGCCCGCCCCCUCCCUCAAGGCGGGGCGAGCGCGUGCCUCGGGAUUGGCCCUUCACGGCGUUCGCUGAUUGGCUGCGUGGCGGGAGGGGGCGCUGCGAGGCCGGUGGGCGGGAGCGGCGCGCGGCGGCAGCUGAGGUGGGAGCAGCGCCGUCGGGAGGGAGGAGCGCAGGUGAGGAGACCCCCGCCGUCGCGCCCCCGCCCCGGCCCCGCCCUGAACCGCCCGCCCCGGCCCCUCAGUCGCAGCUGGCCCACGGGGUAGGCGGGCCGGGUGCAAAGAUCGCAGCAGGCCCGCAGCAGGCCGCGCCUCAGGCGUAGGAGGAGGCCCAGCCCCAGCGCCGCCUGCCGCCAGUGGGCACGGAGGGAGGGAGGGGCCUCCACACACACACACACACACACCUCCACACCCGCGCCAGGCCACGCCUCUCCCUGGGAGCCCCCUCUUAAGCCCCGCCCACUUCUGCCCUCUGCACAUGCUCAAGGGGCGUGCGUGUGUGCGGAAGUGCUGGUCGGCACAGUAGGCUUCGUCCUCCUGCGAAACGGGUUACAUUUCCCCUCCCUUAGAGCAUGGGCAGAGUGAUUUCUCCACCCACCAACGUUUGCACUGGCAGUUUCUUAAGAUGCAUCUGCAGCCCCCUCACUCUGACCAUGUGCCGAGUGAUUUCUCUCCCUCUUACCCCUCAACAGGCCCACUUCCUGUUUCUAGGAAGGCUCUGUAGUCCUUACUCUGAGCAUGUACUCUGAGCAUUUCUCCCAGCACCCCCAGCAUGUGCAGAACGAUUUCUCAUUUUCUCUCUCUCAUCCUCCUACUAAACUGGUUAUAUCCCUUUCCUCUAAGCACAUGCAGAGUACUCCCCCCAGCCAACUCUUCUCUUGUCAGUUUGUAAGGAGCAACUGUAGCUAUCCUUUUCCAAGGGAGGUUUCUGGACUCCCGACCCUCUGCAGCCAGCAUAGGGCAGUGAUUAAGGGUGAUGGGAGCUGCAGCCCAAGAACAUCAGAAGAGCCUGUGUCUGGAUCAGGCCAAAGGGUGUCGCUUUAAUCCAGCAUCCUGUUUUCCACAGCAGCCAACCAGAUACCCCAAAUGGGAAGCCUGGAGGGUCACAGAUGGUCCCUGUCCCUGUCCAUUCAGUGAUCAGCUAAAAGGAAAACUGAUUCUCAUAUGACUCAGCCUUAUGGCAGCCUGAUGUGCCCUCCAGAUGUUUUGGACUCCAACUUCCAUCAGCCUCAGCCUGAGCGGCCUUGCUCCCAUCAGCCCCAUCAUCACAUGGCUGUGUUGGCUGAGGCUGAUGGGAGUUGUAGUAAAAAAAAAAGUAUUGAGAACACUAGGUUGGCAAAGGCUGAUAUACAUACAGAGACAUUUGCCUGUUGGUUCUAGAAUGCCACCAAUGCCAGGCCCCAAAUCUCCAAGUGUCCCAGCUCCAGGGACUCUGCCUGUCCUGGGCACUAUUCCAACAUCAUGGGAGAAAGUAGAAGGGGCAGAAAGCAGAAAGCCCAGCAUCUUGGGGAGAGAUGUUGCCCCAUGUUCUUUGGAAAUGUCUGGCUAUACUUUGCUUUUAAUGGCCCAUAACCAUAGCUGUCAACUUUUCCCUUUUCUUGCGAGGAAUCCUAUUCGAAAUAAGGGAAUUUCCCUUUAAAAAUGGGAAACGUUGACAGCUAUGUCCAUAACCCCUGCCACUCUUGCCCCAAAUACCACUUGGAGUGGGUGCUUGGGUGCAGAGGGUGAAAGCAAAUUUAGCAGAUGGAUUCACAGUCUGGGAUUAUUUGGUCUCCAAACUUAGGAUUGGUUUGGCUCCCAGCUGAAAGGGGUGCAAACAUUCAAAAAAAUAACCCAUGGGGGUUCUCUGAGUUUGGAGGUAACACUGGGGUGGGGGACAUCUGUGGCCCUCCAUAUCACCCCCAGCCAGCAUGGCCAAGAGUGGGGGCUGUUGAGAACUGUAGUCCAGCAGCAUCUGGAGGGCCAAAGGCUUCCUACCCCUGCCAUAAGGUUAUUUCUUAAAGCAAGUAGAGCUCAUGUCUCUUUUGGUCCUAGAAGCUACACCAUGUCCAUGGCACACAGAAUUCUGAGUAAGCCCCAAGAUGGAGGGAGAAGGUGUUUUGCCAAGCAGGCAUGGGUUCCAUUGUUUGGUCUUCCCCACCCCCAUGCCCCAUACAUUUAAAUAUGUUACCUCUCACACUCAGCAUGCUCAAGGCAGUUUUGCAAUGUAAAAUAGUAGCUUUUGGUUAGGACUACAAGUUUUAGGUGAUCAGUCUUUAAGCAAUCCAUUGAGAAAACAUUCAAUUGAGUCCCAGUUAACUAGGCCACACUUUUAAAUAGUUAACUUUUUAAAAUAAUUUUCCUUAAUGUUUGUGUGAAGCUUGCUGAUGUCUUUUUCAGAAAGAAACAUUUUUCCCUCAGAGAAGCGAAGGCCUGUUGUGAUAUGAUUAUUUGCACUCCACUGUUUAAAAACAAUGGGGGUUUGUUGUUGUUCUAAACCGUUAUUUUAUUUGUAUGCAAAUUUAGGCAGAUUUAAUUGAACAGAAAACAUUUAAAUGGCAGUUCUAAGGAUGUUUACUCAGAAGGCAGCCCCACUGUGUUUAGUGCUGCUGCUUACAGCUGAAAAGAUGAAAAAGAAAGCUAGCGUGUCAGGGUAAAUGCCUCCUUUUUCCAGGGGAUGAUGUUAGUUUGUGCAUGAAGGAGUAGUUGGCAAUGUGAGCUCCCCACAUUUGCUGUCUGAAGUGAUGGGGUACCAGAAAACAAUAUUUUGUCAUUCUCCUCCUCUCCUGUUUGUGAGAACUAGACCAUGGCUAACUGACUGAAAAAUACAUGUUUGUAUAUUUCAUAUCACCACCAUAAUCGCUCCUAUUACUGAUAAUAUUACUACACACACACACCCACACACACCCACACCCACACACCUUUCAUUUCAAGAAGAAAUGCUUCAUGGUGCAAGUACAAACAGGAGUAUAAGGAACAACCAAUAUCUACAUACUGCAUGCACCCAGAGACUUCUUUUCACUUGUUGUAGGGUUGAGCUGAUGCUGUAAUGUUACAGGAAGCUAGCUGAUACCAGAGCAGCGCUCUGUCUCACCCGAUAGUGUCUGCUGCUGUUGUCUGGCAGUUUUGGACUCCUCCCUGAUACCUUCUAACUGGAAAUCUUGGGGGAUGAAUCUGGGACCUUCUACUUCCAACACUCAGCAGUACCCCCUACCCUUGUACCCUUGUGCAGGUAAACUGUGACACACACUCACCCUUACUGGUGCAAAUUAUCUGUGGCUUAAUGAAGGCCCUGUGGUGUGAUGAGGGUGCACUGGGUGCUCACUUUCCAAAAGGAGAGGACUUGAAAGCACUCCCUCCCCCUUUCCUUCCUCAAUCCUAGAUGCAGCUGUGUGGGAGGGAUACACUGUACACACUGUGAGGUGCUUCCACUUUCACUCUGCCAUUUAAUACACUCUUGGAUUGAGCUACAACAUUAAAGGGAGAGGCCAAGGCCUUCAGAGUAUGUGUCUGUGAGUAUGAGUUUAAUUUCUAAAAUCAGUGGUAGCUGGUCGGGCCACAUGCCCGCGGUCCCCCAGGCAUGAGGGACGUGGGGUUUGUAUGGUUGCCUGCUCAGUGAUGAUUCAGGGAAAUUGCUUCAUAUUCUUAGGGGUGCUUUUGCUAUCACUCUGGCAGCUUUUACUUCGUGCGUUCCAGGUCUGAUUCCAUAGCGUUCAAAACAGAUUCUAGGGUGGGGUCUGACUCUGUGUGGGUGUAUGCAGAACUCUGUGCUUAUUUUCUAAAAUGUGAAGUGCUUGGAAACGACACAGUGGAAUCCUUGCCUCUAAACACAGAUAUGUGCCUGGGGCUAGCUGUAUUUCUUGCGUUUAUGAGGGAAAGGGUUCUUAUUAUCGUUCAGGGAUGACCUUUUAUUAUGAGAAUUAUAGAACUGGUAGACUGGAAGGUCCUGAGUAGGCAAUUCACAUGCAUCUGAUGAAGUCUGCUCUAUUCCAGUAACAUUUUUGCCACAAAAGAUCUGUUUUGUGUUUUUGCUGUAACAUACUCUCUCACACACCGUAAUGUAUUCUACAUUUAAAGACUUUGUUUCAGUUUCCAGUUUCUUAGCAAAACCUUCUGAAUAAUCCUGAUCUUGCCUUACCAGAUCCUUCACUGCCGCCUGACUUCCUUAUCCCAACAUCACUAUUUAUUGCCACCGUCCACCCUGUCUUGUCUAGCUGUCAGGCUGUGCUGUUUGUUUAUUAUUUAUUUAUUUAUUUAUUUACUUGCACCAUUUAUCCCACCCAGAUAAUUUAUCUGGAUGGUGAACAAUACAUUCUACAAGUCAUGGUGGUUUGUGUGUGGGGACGGGGGCAGCGGGGGGGGGGGGACUUCACAAGCAAACAAAUAAUCAAAAUUAAAAAUGGAAUUAAAGCCACGAGUAACAAACUUUAUAAAGAGUAUUAGAAUGCACUAAAAUAUCAGUUUAAAAUGCCCAGAAAAAUAAAAAGGACUUAACCUGGUGCAAAAAAGGAUCAUAGCAUGGGUGCCAGGAGAGCAUUCCUGGGAGGACAUUGUGGAAUGUGGCACCACCACUGAAAAGACCCUUUCUCCAGUAGCCACCCAUCACACUUCCUCAUCUAGUGGGGUGCUCAGAGAAAAAGUAUGGGUGGAUAGAUGUGGGAGGAGACAAUCUUUCAGGUAACUUGUUCCCAAACUGUUGGGGCUUUAAAGGUUAAAUCCAGCAGAUUGAAAUGAGCUGGGCACCAGAACAUCUGGAGAGGAUGUUUGUCUCUUGGUAUGCUUCUGUGCAGCUCUUGUCCUAAUCCCCGAUGGAUGUGUGUGCAUGAUUGUGAUUAUUAAUUGGUAAGUGGAAAGCCUGUGCUUGCAUGGCGCUCCUUCUUACUUCACAUGUUCUGUUAUUGAAUCUGGAUGUUCAACCAAGAUCCAGGGUUGUACACGAAAUGAGUCUUGUGUGCAAUCUUUUUUUACAUUAUUUUAAACACUUGAAAGUUUGAAAUUCCCUCUCAAAUAAAAUUCAUCUUCUACGCUUUGAUAAAUUAGGCUGUUUUUCCAGCUCACAUGAAUUGCCCCAAGCAGCUUACAAUUCAUAUGUUAAAAGCAAUCAAACACAAUUAGAAGAUAAGAUAUACGCAACACAAACAUUCCAGGAGGAAAAGAGAAAGAGAAGGACAUGUCUAUUUUAUCUAUUGUAGUUUUCAUAUCCACCCUUAGUGAUUGUGUCUUCAUGGAAUCUUCUUGAAGGAAACAUAGCCAAUCUUCCUUCAUAUUACAAAUGGUUCACUAAUAUUCUUUAAGUGGCCGAGCAAAUGACCCUGCGAAAGCUACUUGCCCAGCUGCCCACCAACCACUGGAAAUCAUUCAUAGCAUAUUGAAAACUUGAAAGGAAAAAAGGGGCAUGUCUCUUCCAGUUUGUAAGUCUUAAGUUUUCACUUCCUGGUCAUCUGGAGCCAAUUCCUGAUUGAUACAGGUGACUCUUGUGGACAUGCUUCAGCUUGAGAAUAGCUUUUUGGUGAAUCAGAUGUUCAGUGGGGCCUCUAAAUUUCUUUUUACUGUGCCAUUGCCUGUUGAUAUGAUGAGUAUGCCUGUUUCUCUACAGCAGCUAAAGUUGGCCCAGUAUUCCAUUUUUAAUUAAUAGGUUUUUGUAUCAUGCCGUCUGCUUAUAAGUUCACUUACCUGGAAGUGCCUUACGUAUCAAGGCAGUGCAUUUAGUAUUGAGCUGAAAGUAGUGUUGACACCUCAAUCGCACAUGUUUCAAAUGAGCCAGCCACCACAGGUAACAGCUUGUCUCUUAUAACAAGGAUUUAACAGUCAAGGUAUUUGAAAGGGUUUUUGUCAUCCACACUGAUCUGGACACAUUGGGAGAGCAUAAUUAAUCUUUGCAAUUGAAGAUAAGCAGUGCUGUGGCACCUUAAAAGCUAUGUGGCUUCUUGUGGUGUGGCCUUUCUUAGGUUGGAGUUGGUUCCACCAGAUGCAUCAAUUUAGAUUUGCAAUCUGGAUUUUCUUUCUGCACCUUUUAAUCUUCUGCUGUAUCAGGAGACGAAGCAGCCAUCCAGGUUUCUCCUGCAUGGUUUCCCACCCCCAGGCCCCAGUCCUGUUACACUUGCCCCCUCCCACAUAGCUGUAUGGCAUACAGAAAGUCUUGCUCCAUAUGGCAGGCUGAACAACACAGCCGGGGGGGGGGGGAUGGAAAGAGAUAACAGGGCUGUCUGCCUCAUUUCCUUAUUCAGUGGUAGAUUUUAAAGGUGCACAGGGAAUCUCUAGGCUGCAGCCUGACAACCCUCCCUGGUGAGCCACAUUAAAAAUAAAAAGAUACUGUGAAGCUGGUAAAGCUGCAGAAAGCCACAACCAAAAUGCUCAUGGGGGUGUAGGCUGAAGGAGGAAGAGAGGUCGAUAUGGCAGAAAUGGGGUGCAGUAUUUUCAACCCCAGGGCCUCAUUCCCUUCAGGACAACCUUCUGAGGUCUGCAUGCCAGUGAUGGGCAGGGCCAGAGGCAAAAGUGAGCAGAGCAAUGAAUGCAGAUUUUACCUUUGUGCAGUAGGCUAGUUUCUGCACACACUCCCACACCCUUCUCUGCUUUCCGUUCAGGUAAGCAUGAUUGGAGUUCAAGGAAACGUUCCAGCCAGGUAAAAACACUCAAAGAAGGAUGCAAAGCAGGGGUUCAACCUGGGUUCUGUUCUGAGGACCAAACACAGGGGGUCAGAGGACUGCAUUUGGCCUCAGGCCUAAAGCUCCCCACCCCUGGCUUAUGGCAAUUAGCCAUAGUGGUUGUAUGGAACCUCCAUGUUUAGAGGGAGUCUUUUACUGUAUGUUAGUUCUUGGGGAGCAACAGCAGGAAAGGGCUGUCGCCCUCAUGCCCUGCUUCCGGACUUCCUGGAAGCAUCUGACUGGUCACAGAGAAACAAAAUAUACACCUAGGCUGAACCUUGGUCUGAGUCUGUUCUUACGGAAUUGGGAAGCUUUGCAUAUUGCACUCACACACUGAUUAUGGUAUACUGGGGGGAAAAUAACGCAAUGAGAGCUCAGUAAAAUGGGACUUUUAUCAAACAGGCAAAUCACAUCCUGACAGAGGAAGCUGUAGGUGUGAAAUCUUUAUUUGGCCUUAAUGUUUGCUGGAGCAUCAAGGCAUGGCCAUAAAAAGUUGAUGUAGCUUCAAAUGAACAGCAGCUCUUUUGUGAUGCAGAGGGAAGGAACCUCAAUUAUAAUCUCGUCUGACCCACUAUUUCAUGAGAAGUAAUGUCAGAUUUCUUAUUCUUGGUUCUGCAGUUUCUUAUUUAAACUUCCUUUAUUUUUCUUUUUCUUUUUGGUUAACUUUGGUAAAGUUAUGGACAGAUUGGCUUGAAUGUUUGUGGUAACUGAAUUGCUUGGGGAGAGAUUUGUUUGUGCUGAUGCAUCAACCAGGAAUUUAAGAAGCUGCUUUAUAGUGAGCGAGACCAUUGGCCCAUCCGGGUAUAGGGUGGUAUAUAAAUUCAAUAAAUAAUAAUAAUCUAGCUCAGCACAGGGCAGCUUUACGGCAUCCAGUUUGCUGGACUCUUCUUUUCUCAAACCAGCUGGAGUGUUUCAACAGUGAAGGGAGUUGGUGUGGCAUGAUUUAUUAGGGAGAUGCAAGGAUAAAGCUGUUGUUGUCCUUUGGUAUUCUUCCCCACUCCCUUGAUUUCCAUUCACUUUUCUCCCCUCAGGAAAAUGUCUAUUUCCAGUACAAUCGGACACCUGCGAACCGAGGAAGACUGAGACUUUGCAAGGUACUUUUAAUGGCUAAUGUUUUCAGUUCUGCGUUUCAUUUCUGCAUUUGCUGAACAAAGACCCAGGUAUAAUUUCUCCUAGCAUGUUGUAAAUUAGCUCCAUUUCCCUCAAGCUAGGCAUUAAGUGGUAAGCAAUUAUUGGGUCAUCUUUUGGGGUAAUAUUUGAACUUCAUCAUUGGUAAGGGUAGAAGAAAUAUCCUGCUGGGAAAUCCACUUAGUUCAGAGUAAUCCCAUUCAAUGUACUGUUCUAUCAGGCUGAGAUAGAUGUGGAACUUCAAGGCCUCUCCACAGGCUUUGCUUAAACACCUGCUGCAUCAGGCCUCUUCCUCAUCUGUGGCUAAGGAGGUGGGAGUAAUCUUCCAAACUCAAAUUCCAAAGUGGAUUCGUCUGAUUAAACCUGGGAGAAUCAUGACCUGGAUUGCAUUGUGGGUCCUGUGGAUUCCUUAAUAUGACAGUCCAGUGCUGCCUCUGUUCCUCAAAGAUAAUAUUUUUCCUUUACAAAUAAUAUUAAAAUCUGUCAUCCACCCUGGAGCGGCUAGUGUGCAAGGUUCUUUCCACCAUGUAUUUUGCAUGCAAAUACAGCAAGUCCUCCUGAGAGUGCCUUGCAUUCCAUUACCAUUAGGGGGAAUUGCACAGAAAAAGCAUGCCUGUCCCAAUGUCUAUAUGGGUGUCUGUCAGAUUGUUAGCCCAAGAUCAGGGAUUGUGUCUUCACUGAUAUUUAUAAACUGCUGUGAGAGGUUUUUUUGGCUGAAAAGCGGGAUAAAAAUGCUAAUGCCCAUAAUAAUAUGACUACACUGCCAGUUUUUUAUUCAUUACAUUUACAUCUGAUUUUCCCCCGCAAUGGAUCUUGAGAUGUUAGAAAGCAGUUUCCCAGGCAGUCUCCCAUCCAGGCAACAACCAGACCUGGAUCUGCUUAGCUUUUCACAAGGUGGCUGCAUCAUGUGCCUUCAAGCCACAUGCUGCCUUGUUGGAGUAAUUUUGUGAUUCCUGCACAACCACUUGAGAGUUCAUAUAGCACAGUUGAAAGUGCCUGAGUCCCUGUUUACAUUUAUAACCUAAAUGUAGGCCAGAACUAUGUCAAAUUUGAUUUGGCCUGUUGCCGUGUGCUGUUGUUAGCAGGACCAGUGGUCAGGGAUGUUGUAGUCCAACAACAGCUGGGGACCCAAGUUUCAGAAACACUGACUUACGGUAAAUUGAAUACAUCCAGGAACUGGCACAGGCACCAUCAGAAGUGCUUUUUUGUGAAAUGUAUCUUGUUUCCAGAGGCUGCAUUUCAAAAUGUUUGAAAACUACAGCAACCAUAAGAAGUGUCUAAUUAUUAUAAAAAGGGGAGCCAGAACCCAGCUAUAAAUGAAACAAGAAAUCUGCUCAUACACUUUCUCUCACAUACACACGCACACACACCAUUGCAUAAUAGAUAGAGACUGCAUAUUUGGAGAAGGUGUUGGGUGUGGUUGAUAUGUCAGAUGGGUCCAGUCAGCCUCUCUGUGAUUGAUUAGGAGGCUGGGAGGCUUCCUCUUUUCCCAGCAUGUUAAAAACAUGAGAAGAGCCCUGCUGGAUAAGGCCAGUCUGUGUUUCAUCUGGUCCAGCAUCCUGCUUUCAAAUAGAUGCUUCUAUCAAGUCCACAGUCAUGAAGGCAAAAGCCCUUCCUCACUGUUCCCUAGCCCCUAGAAACUGGUAGUCAGGCAUGCACUUCCUCAGAACAUAUAUCCAUAUAUACACCAUGACUAAUAGUCUUUGUGGAAAUCUCCCCUAAUUUGCCUAAAGCCCUUUGAACAUAAGAAGAGAGAGAGCCCCGCAGCUGGAUGAAACCAAAAGCCCUUCUUGUCCCACAGCAGCCAAUAAGAUGCCUCCAAGAAACUCAUCGGCAGGGUAAUCAGACAAGUUGCUCUUGCAGCAACCAGUAUUCAUAGAUAGACUGCCUCUGAAUGGGGUUCAGUUUAGUCAUUGGCAAGUGAUAGCUGUCUCCCUGUCCAUGAAUUAAUCUUAUUUUCAUACAACCUCACAAGGCAGCCAUCUCUGCACAUUGUGGUGGCCAUGAAUUCCAUGUUUUGCAUCAUUUGAAGACAUUUUCUUUCACGUUGCUAUUUUUCUGUAGCCCAGCCUUUCCUUGGAUAAAUUUCUGGGUGUUUUUUUAAGGUUGUAUCAUUAUUUUAAAGUACAGUUGUACCUUGGUUUUCGAAUAGCCUAGUUCUUGAACGUUUUGGCUCCCGAAUGAUUGAAACCCAGAAGUGACUGUUCCAGUUUUCGAAUGUUCCUUUGGAAGCCAAACAUCAGACGGGGCUUCUGCGGCUUCCGAUUGGCUGCAGGAGGUUCUGCUUGGAAAUUUUAAAUAUAUACAGUGGUACCUUGGGUUACAUACGCUUCAGGUUACAGAUGCUUCAGGUUACAGACUCCGCUAACCCAGAAAUAGUACCUCGGGUUAAGAACUUUGCUUCAGGAUGAGAACAGAAAUCGUGCUCCGGUGGCGCGGCGGCAGCUGGAGGCCCCAUUAGCUAAAGUGGUGCUUCAGGUUAAGAACAGUUUCAGGUUAAGAACGGACCUCCGGAACGAAUUAAGUACUUAACCCGAGGUACCACUGUAAAGCAGUUUACAAAUGCUUUUAAAUCAACCAAUAAAUAUUUUGAUACCAAAUGUAAUAACAAUUCAAGAUGAUUUAAAAAAUGGAUGUGGAGGUAGAAUCCUCCCAGCCCCAUACUUGAACUGGUCAAGUAUGAAACAAUUUCCAUGAUAGUAAAACAACCCCGCACUGCUACCCUUUCCUAGCUUGGUCUCUUUCAAAUGCUUUGGACUGUGACUCACAUCAGUCGUGACCAAAAAGCAGAUGUCGAGUGCCAAGUAUCUUGAAAAGAGAAUCAAUAUUUCUCACAAGGUUACUCCAGGUCUGCACAUAACAGACUGUAUUUUCCCUGCUAAUAGAAUUUCCAUUCCUGGCUUAAUUUGUAUAAAAGCCUUGCUUGAUGUGGUGUCCACCCGGUGUUUUGCAGUCCAAAUCGCCCUCAGCCAACAUGCAGUCCAAAACCUCUGGAGGGUCCCAGAAUGGGCAGGGCUUCGCUAAGCAGAUAUGGAAAACUAGGAUUGUUCCCCCUUAAUAAUAAUAAUAAUAAAUUUUAUUUAUAUCCCGCCCUCCCCAGCCAAAGCCAGGCUCAGGGUGGCUAACAACAAUCAAAUAAUCAAACAAUCAAAUAAUCCAACAUUCUAAAACAUUUCAUUAUAAAAAUUAAUUAAAAUCAAAUUAAUGGCAACCGUUAAGCAAAGUUCUGUGCAGGUUGCCAGAGGAGGGAGUCAGGCUGGGCCCUGACCAAAGGCCUGGUGGAACAACUCUGUCUUGCAGGCCUUGCGGAAAGAUGUCAGGUCCCGCAGGGCCCUAGUCGCUUGUGACAGAGCGUUCCACCAGAUUGGAGCUGCAGCCGAGAAAGCCCAGGCUCUAGUUGAGGCCAGCCUAACCUCUCUGAGGCCUGGAACCUUCAGGAUGUUUUUAUUUGCAGACCGUAGGUUCCUCUGUGGGGCAUACCAGGAGAGGCGGUCCCGUAGGUACGAGGGUCCUAGGCCGUAUAGGGCUUUAAAGGUUAAAACCAGCACCUUAAACCUGAUCCUGUACUCCACCGGGAGCCAGUGCAGCUGGUAUAGUACCGGAUGAAUGUGAUCUCGCAGCGAAGACCCCAUAAGGAGUCUCGCCGCGGCAUUCUGCACCCGCUGGAGUUUCUGGGUCAGUCUCAAAGGCAGCCCCACGUAGAGCGAGUUACAAUAAUCCAGUCUGGAGGUGACCGUCGCGUGGAUCACAGUGGCUAGGUCAGGGCAAGAGAGAUAAGGGGCCAACUGCUUAGCUUGGCGGAGAUGAAAAAAUGCCGCCUUUGUUAUAGCUGUAAUCUGCGCCUCCAUAGAGAGGGAGGUAUCGAAGAUUACACCCAAACCCUUAACGGACGGUGCUGGCACUAAUUGCACCCCCGCAAGAGAUGGGACUCCUAGUUGUUAGUAGUCUGGAUGCCAAGACUGGCUGAGCAGGCAUUGGGCAGGCAAGGGGUAGGGGCAAACUUUUUGCGGCCACUGCUCCCUUGAUUUCAUAAACCUUAGCACAACCUGCUAAGGAAGAGAAUGAUGCAAUAACAUUCAAAACAAUUCAUUGCACAUUUAUUGAAAAUGCAAUUAGAACUAUUUUGUUUAAUCAAUUCAACCAAACUGAUGAACCUGAUCUAGUGUUACCAGCUUUUCAAAGUCUGAUAGUCAAAUAAACCUCCAGCGCUGCACCCCCACCUCUUAGCAUUUUAGGUAAUCCUAUUGCCUGCUUUGGAAACCCCUGGGUUAGAGUGAACUGGGAAGCACCUCUCAUCACAUCAGAUUGAGACCAAAGCUUUUACAUAUACAGAAGGCACACAAAAUGCAUUCUAUAGUGGACAGUGAUCUUCCCUUUGCUCCAAGGCACCCUCAAGUUUCCUCUAAUGUUGCUUAUCUGGACCUGCAAUGUCACGUUUCCAUACCGGAAGAACCUGCUAGGAAGAUAGGCUAAUAUGUGGACUUUCUUCUACAUGGAUUGUAAAACGGUGGCGGGGGUGAGGGUUGCAGGAUAGACAUUCACUCUCCCUGUGUGCUUUCUGAGGAAGCUUUGGUACAGUGCUCCUUGCCAGCCUCUUCGCGUUCACACGGUUUGGCACUUGGUGUUUUUGUGUCAAGGAGCAUAUGAAGGAGGCCAUUGUGACAGCAGGCCCAAGCCACCGUUGCUUCUGGUUGCAGCCAAAACAUCCAGUUGCUACACAGGAUUCCUUUUCUCAAAAAUAUAGGUGGAUCUUCAGCAGCUCCGGAGAGAGAACCAACAUCUGGAGACCGACCAUGGUGAGUGGGCUUUCUCUUCUGCCUUGUCUCCAUCUUACUCUGCUGUGGAUUUGUUUUGAGGUUCGCUCUGGUGGUGGCUGGAGGCUGCCGGUUCUGUGCCUGUAUGGCUUCUUGCAAUAAGAGCUGAAGGAUGCAGAAAUGCUGUGCAGAGGGCUAAGGAGAAGCUGAUCUGAGAUCAAGUGCUGCAGAAUGGAGGUGGCUGUAGCAUGCUUCUCUUUGGGUAGGAAGGCCUUGCCCAGCUUUCUUGCUGCAGUCAUUUAUAGAGGGACAUGAUUCCUCUUUAAAGAGUUUGGGGGGCAGGAAGGGCAGGUCAGCCUCUACCUGGUUUCAUGUGGCUGGAGUGCAGAGGGAAUGUCUGUGUGGUGGGGAGAAGCUGAACUGAGUGGGGAGAGGAAAGAAAAAGGGGAAAGAAAAGUCCCUUGCAAGUGAUCAGUUCACAUGUCUUGGGGUGGGGAGGGAGGGAAGAGGGGGGUGGCCCCACCCACUGCCACCUUUGUUCUGCCCACUGCCAGUAUUCUUCUCUCCGCAUAAAAAUGACCCACACCCCUUGCUUGACUGUCUUUUUAAGACAAGAUGUAGGGAGAGACCAGGGGCUGGUGAGUAGAGGGCUUGGGAGGGACAGCUCUCUGCCCAAGGCCUUUAGAAGGAGGACCCUAGACUGUCAGCCUGUGGGCAGGACUCAUUUUCUAUCCUGGUACAGCCCUUCUCUAAUUUGUAAGUGCCUAGCCAAUAAUAAUUCUUCUAUUCUUAGGCCAGCUAGAAGCAGAUGUGCAGGCUUCUUUGCUGCUAUUCCCUGACCCGUACAAUCGGACCCUGUUUUUAUGUGUUUGAAUCCCUUGAAUUCCUGGUUUUGUUUUUUAAAAAAUAUACUUUUAUAUUAUUGUUUUAUUGGUUUUUACUGUGUGUUUUAGUGAUAUUGUUGGUUUUUUACAUUGUAUGCUACUUAGAACAUUAUCAACUAUUAAGUGGUUUAUGAAUGCUUUUAAAUGAAAUAAAAAAUGCAAAUUGUUACUGUCCUGAGAUCACAGGCAGGAGGGGAAUAGCACAGGUUUUUCAGAGAUAAAGUCCCAAGGUAAGGCUCUUGGCAUUUUUUUUUAAAAUAAUAUUUAUUGAGAAUUUUAAGAUUACAAAAAAACAAAGAAAAAGAGAAGAAAAGAAAAACAAAUAACAAUUAAACAAUACAAAUCGAUAAAAAUCAAAGUCAAAAAGCAAAAGCAAAACACAUAAUACAUCAAAAGCAAAAAGCAAAAAUAAACAAAAAAGUUUAAAAACAGAUCCAGUAUUCCCAAAUCCUUAACUGUUAUUACCUUAUUUCAUCGACCUCCUCACACCUCCCUUUUUUGUAUUCUAGUUAUUAAUUAUCUCAGCAAAUCCUUUCCAUCUUUCAUAAUAUUCUGUCAUUAAAUUACCUUAAUCUAUUUUAACCUUAUCUUACCAUAAAAACCUAAAACUUAAAUCUUAUUUAUACUAAUUUCUCAUAACCAUAACAUAUUCUUACAUAAUUCUUUUUAACAUUUCUGCUAAAGCCAAAUAAUUUCAUUCCAACAUUUUUCCAAUACUCAUUAAUUUUACACAACUUUCCUAAAUAAUUUUUUUAAAACUUUCUUCCAAUCUUCAUCCAACGUCUCUUCCUCCUGGUCUUGGGUUUUGUCAGUCUUUUCUGUCCCAUCCAUCUAGUUCAUUAACCUGGUAACCUUAUGUCCGAGGCCCUUAAAUCUCUUCCAUGUCCCUUCCGCAGGUCUUCUUCAUAUUUAUACCUGUACUUUACUUUGUCUUCUGCUCCUUUCACUCGUGGAGACUCCAGCUUGAUGAUAUUUUUGUCCCUUCUCGACAGACCAGCCCCUUUUCCAUAGUCAACACUGAACACCAUGUGGUAUUUAGAAGCAUAUUUCAAGGUCCCUCCAAAGUUAAGGGCCCCCACAACUCCGAACUCCUCCCGGCCCAAAGCCAGACUUGAAAGGUCAAAACAUCCCUGCAUAGGGGGGUCUAUCCAGCCCCCCAUCUCCAAGCCAAGCAAGACUCCAUCUCUCCAAAUCUGGCUUUUUCCAGGUUCAUUCAUCAGAUCUAACAACUCAUGUUCCUGCUGGGCCACAGUUCCCUCCAUCUCUGCCUCCCGAGGUCCAGCAACAACCUCCUCCCUCAUCUGAUCUGUCAGAGCACACUCCUGGAUUAAUUUCUGAGUGGGUUCUAUAUAGAUACCCACUGCCUGUCCAAAAUUUCCGAUUGCAACAGUCAUCAAAUCCGUCUUCUCAUGUAACUGUUCCAGUAAAGCACUUGUCUUGCAGAAAGCAAGGACCAGAGCCUCCGAGUACAUUCUUGUGCAAGGUCAGAGUCUGGUCCCACAAUCUUAAUCUAUUGCAGCUGCAAAGCUCCCCAGUUCAGAUUUAAUAACAGUUUCACAAGCUCCCUCUAGGGGAAAAAGCUUCUAUUUGUAUCCAUCUCUCUCUUUUUUUUUUUAAGCAGAUCUAACAACAAAGUUUCCUUUUUCAGAUAUUUUGUCAAUAUUUUGUUCCUUUUAGAUGCGAAGGGGAACAAUGGAAUCACUAUGUUUCUCUUCUUUUAACUAUCGGUCAAAAACGUUUGUCUAUAGUCAAUGAACUUCCCGAGGACGUCUGUCCUGACACCCCGCUCCCAGGUUCAAGACGGUGGAAAAUUGCUUUUCUUUACACUCUCUUCUGCAGGUUUAAACAGUCCAUAAAAGUCCCCCCUCUUCUCCUGCUUCCAAGGGGGGUUCAGUAAUUUUAGAUGAUGAAAAUUGAUCCUUUACAGACGACUUUUCUAAACUCUGGCUUGCCGUGUCUUUGCUUUAAUCUAUCUACAAAAGCGGAAGGUGGACUUCCUGUUUAGACCUUCCCGCUUCAGUGCCAAAUUAAGAGAAAUUUAUUAAUCCAAUUUUCCAUUCUACUCACGGACAGUUAUUUAAGAUCCAAUUGUCCACAGGAAAAAGUCAGCGCUCUCCGGCAACAGCAAUGCGGCUUCACUCCGUGAAAGAAGCAGUCGAUUCAAAGCACCGUGCCACUCACCCCAUGUUGCUCCGGAUCCCCGAAACCGGGGUUCCCCGCGAGUAGGGGGGGCGCAAAGGUGCCAGCCGAAUCCCACGUCCACAGGCUUCUCCCGCCUGUGGUUUUUGAUGGGUCUCCGCCUCGCCGUGGCGGUUCAGACCCUGUUUUCCACGGAGCGGAUUCCUCCCGAUUGGAGGAAAUCCGCCAUUGCCAGAGGCGCCAACCCGGCAUUUUCAGAUCUUCUGUUCCAAGCUACGUAUGAUGUUAAUCCCAUGAUCUGCCUUUUAGUGGAGGUGUAUGCUUUCCAAUAAAGUUGGGGUGAUUAGGAGUUCUAGAUCAGACCCCAGCAUGUGGAGGAAGAAAGGGCUUUAACCCUUUGCCUUCUGCUCUCAGUCUUGAAGGGGCUCCUGUGCCUGCUAUUUGCAGCUGGGGAGCUCCCAUUAGAAUAAAUGGCAGGUGGGAGGGGAGGGCUUUAAUCCCUCCCCACCCCCUAUAGAGUCCCAGUCCAGACCCAUGCUGGCUGUUUGUGAUGAAGGAACCUGCCACUCGAGGGCAAACUACCUGAUGGAUGCCAGGUAUAGUUUGGUGUUCAGGUAGCUAUGCUGGGAGCAACCCCUGCCUCAAGGCCUCUGUGAGCCACAGGUGAGUGGAGAUGGCUGCAGGUGGUGAGGACAAGUGAACUGAUCUCUUCUAGCUGUAGAGGAGCUAGAAGAAGCACACUAGAAGUGCCAUCACGCCAUGCAAGUCCUUCUAUGGAUGGGUUUAUGAGACGGGGGACUGGCAUCUGCACACGUAUGUGACGUCCCGCCCCCGCUGCCCCCGGUGACAAUGUAGGCUAGCUGUUGUCUAGUGGAGGGUCAUAUUAGAAGUAUGGGUGUGUUUUGAUAGAACCUUAAUGAAAUGGCCUUCAUCUGUAUUUGGCUGGAUAUCAUUCACGUUCAUUGCAUUUGAACAACUGCUAGGCACAAGCCCCGGUUACCUCUGACAUGAGGGAGCUCUUUUUCUAUUGUGCUUUGACUUGUUGUUGCUUUAAAUUAUGGUGGUAUUAUGAUUCUUUGUAAGGCGGAUUACAGCAAUCCAGGCACCUCAAGCAGGAAGCCACUGUCUAGGGUUCUUUAGUGAGGUAAAACGUGAAUUGAGGUGAAACGACAUGUCUACCUUACGUUCCUAAAGUUCCCUGAAUGUUUUAUAGAAGCCUCACCUUUCCUGGGCCCAGCUGUGAUCCCAGGCCAGUGCCACCCCCUUCUCAGUCAGUUUCCUCCUGCACUCUGGCAAGGCUCCAGGACCUGAAAUAAAAGCAGUUGGGGGUGGGGUGGGAGUGUUUGCAGAGAGAGCCAGUAGGCUGGUAAGAGUUCGAAUGAGACAAAUCGGAACCGCUUCAGAAAGAAGGUCACUGGCAUGGAAAAUAAGUCUGAUGGGGGAAAGAUUGAAGUGACUGGGAAUGUUCAGCCUGGAGGAGGGUAGGCAGAGGAGGGAACUUGAGUAUAAUUUUCAACCCCCUGAAUGGCUGUCCCAGAGAAGAGGACAAGCACUUGUCCUGGUAAGAACAGCUUGAGGAGUGGUGGGCUCUCUCCCUUGUUGGAGGCCUUCAAGGCUGGAUAACUAACUCUUGGGGAUUUCUGAAGCAUCUCCAGCAGAUAGGUGCUUCUCCAGUUCUUAGAGGAGAUUCCCUUCUCGGUUCUUUGAUUCUAAAUAACCCAUUUCCCCUUCAUAUAUAUGCCCCACUCCCACCUUGAAAGAGGCAAGCAGAGAGCUGCGAAUAGGACUGUUGCAUAACACCUAGAUUUGUCCUCUUCACUGGGCUUGCGUUGCCUCGUGCUGGAGCAGGACCCUACUUCCCAAGUAAGCAAUGCCUGAUCUAGCAGGGGACCUGGAGAGGAAAUAACAAGGCAGAACCAACAUAGUCCUCUAGUUAUGUCAGCGGAGGACUCAGGCUGCUUGGCAACAUCUUGAUCUUCUGCCCAAGUUCUACUAUUAUUCAGCAUUUAACCGAUUGCCGCUAAGGUAGGCUGCAAUAGAAUCCCUGUCCCCCAGACUGCCCCAUGCAGAAGAAUUGUGGUGCUUUUCAGUUUGGGCAGAGUUAAUCUUUGAAUAGGUGGGGUUUUAAAAAUGUUAUAUUUUGCCUGGCUUUUUUUCCUUUAUUUGGGCUAUUUUUAGAUGUUUUGUAGUUAUAAUCUACUUGAUUGCUGACAGUGUGUGUUGAGGGCUCAUGGUCCCAAUAAAUUUAAGAAGAGGAUGGUAUAGCAUGUUGUUCUCCAGAAAUGGGAGGGGCAUCUACUCCUGAGCAUCUGACUGAGGAGCUUAAGGUGGUCUGUCACCCUCUCACAGAAUGUGGCUUUGUUAGUUCAGAAAUCCCACCCCCUGGCAAGGUUCAUAGAUUAAGGGAGCAAUUAUUUGUUUGUUUUAUUUAUCAUUGCAUUUUUAUCCUGCCAUUUUCUCCAUGGAGCUCAAGGCGGCUUACUUGAUUUCUCCCCUCCCCAUUUAAUCCCCAUAACAACCCUGUGAGGUUGGUUAGGCUGAGUGGCAGGUCACCCCCAUUGAGCUUCAUGGCUGCAUGGGAAUUUGAACCCUGAUCUCCCAGGUCCUAAUCCAACACUCGAACCUCUACACCCCGCUUGCUCUCUCUCUUGUGCUCUCACCCCCACAAAAGCUACCGCUUUCCCCCCUAGCUUGUGACAAAACAAGACUCCCCUUGUGGCCUUGCUUAAGAGGUGGGGCUUGGGCAGCUGUCCCCUCAGCUUCCACCACCUGUCCAGAGAACCCCUCUUCUCAUGCAAUCAGUGCAGUGAUACCUAGGGAAUUCCCCCACCCAUUUUGAGCUGACUUUGUUGCCCAGCCUCCCUUGGGUGCUGAAGGAGGCAGCUCCUUUGGGGCCAGAGCGAGGUCUAAGCACACUCCCUCCUUGCCUCGCUUUGGCCUGAGUCCCUUGUGUUGUUGUGCCUUAUUGCGGGGUGUGCGUCUUCCUGAGAUGUCAACCAUGUAGUCUUUGGAUUCUAGCCAGAGGAGACUGCAGGCGCUGGGUAGCCGUGCAGCAGAGCUGGCAGGCACGGCAGCAGCAUGCCCCUGUUCUGCUCUCCUGCUGCUUGGCUAUCCUGCAUGGACUGGACGUGAGCUCCGAGCGGAAUCCUGGCCGGGUCUUUCUCCUGCCGGAACACACAAAGCCAGACUGCCACUGCCGCUGCUUCUAUUGUUCCCUGUGCAUUCCAGCACAUGCCUCUUGGCCCCUUUCCUUUCCGCCCCUGUAGUCCCAGGACAAAGGGGGCGGGCAAGGGUUGCCGAGCCCAGAACCCUGCUGUAAGGGACUCCAUUUUCUGUGCUUGGCUGUCAGGGAGUCCCCUGGCAUGGCAGAGCCUCCUUUGGCUUCUAUCGGAGAGAGGUGGAGUCUCUCUCUCUCCCUCCUCCUCCUCCUCCUCCUUCCUUCCCCUCCCCUCCAUUGUCAGCAGCCACUGAAGCAGCCAGCGCACCUGCUCUGGCGGCAGUGGCGGCAGAGAUGCUCUAGCCCUUUGCAUGUCUUGGCGCGCCUGCCCGCCUGCCUGAGUCGUUAGGGGGGCAGGGGGAAGCGAUGCCACUUGCCUGCCCCCGAGCCGGCGACCUCCCCGGGAAGCGACCAUGACUCUACCGGGCCGUGUCUCAUGCUCCAUGCUCAACUGCUUUGUAAGUGGGUCUCUUUCCCUGCCCCCACCCCUUUUAUUCUCUGUUCUGUCUGCCUACCUGCAAGGCUGCUUGUCAGUCUGGAUUUUUCUCUUCGUGUCUGAUAUUGGGGGGGGCAGGCGGGAGGGGUAGGAGGUGUCUGGAAAUGGAGCAUCUUGUGAACUGCUUGUCUGAAGGCGUCUGGCCUUUCCGUACAGCUCUCUCUCAGCCUAGUACUUGGGGAGUGGCUCUGCUAUCCCACCUCCAAUUCUUCACUCUCACCUUGAUCUGGUGGGUUCCCCCCCCCCCCAGCAUUUACCUCAUCCUCAGCUGGAGGUUAGAGGUCACCGUUCCAACUGGGGUUGCAAAAUGGUUGCAUAGACACCCCCCUGCCCCCCGCUGAGCAAAGCAAUAGGGGGUCAAAGAUGCAGGCAGGCAGAAGUUUGAUUUCCUGCCUGAGCGGUGCAUCCACCCAGCAAGAGUAAAUCUCUCUUUCUGGUGGCUGUGGGUCCUCUUGCUUUGUACUUCUCUCUAGGUCAUAGCCACAUGGUGGCUGUUGAGGGGGCCUGGCUUGCUGAGACACCGGUCUUCCCCUUAGAAUCCCCCUCUUCGUGUUGAUUGAUACCAGGAGAGGCUCACACUGACUGCUGCUUGGUUGCAGAGGGGAAAUGAGAAGGCGGCCUGCUUCACGCCCAUCUUCUGCUCUCCUCUGAAAGAGAUUCCCACUCCCCACCCUUCAUGAGCAGCAGCUGGCUGCAGCUCCAAAUGCAGUUACUCAGCAUGGCGGCACGGUAACCUCCCUCCCGGCUUCCUGAGUGCAUCCUCCAGCCUGCUGUCUCUUGAAGGAGCUCUGAUGGAAAGUCACUUGGACAGAUUGGCCCCGAGAAGAGUAGAAUGUGGAGCCAGCCCCAGGGGGGUGGGUGUGUAUGGUGGCUCAGAAGCCAGUUAUCCCCUUGUAGUAUCAUGCAGUACAAGUUGUGCAGCUGGGGUGCCAACUUGAGUAAAAUAUUGUAGGGGCCGAGGCAAGCCCCGCCCUGCGUAAUUGAUCACAUGAUCAAUUUGAAUGGGAAUGCCCAUCAACUUUGUGGAGGCCCGGCCCCCCUUAAAUAUUUUAUUAUUGGGACUGAAGCCCCCAAGGAAUUAGCUUCUAUGUUGUGCAGUUUUACAUGUUGUUGUCCUGACUGAAUGAUGCUUUGUUAUCACACACACGGAUGCCUGUACCUUGCAGGUGUGUGUGUGUGUGUGUGUGUGUAUGUGGGGCGGGCUGUUAGGUGUGCAAACAUGAUAACAGGUUAGUCCAGUGGGUCAAGUGCUUGCAGACAUGGGGGCCUGUGCAGAAUUAGGUGAAUCACAAUGUGCCUCUUGGCAUUAUUAUGAAAAUAGUUGCACACAGAGAAAUAUGGGGGAGGAAAGAAAGGAGAAGGCAUUUCCUUCCCCUGAGAAGCUUGCAGCCUAAAUUUACCAGGACAUGGUCCAUAUUGGUGUGGAUCAAGGCCUGGAUGGGAGACUACCUGGGGUGCCUAGGAGCAUAGGAAGCUGUAUUAUCAGACCAUUGGUCCAGCUAGCUCACUGCUGUCUAUACUGCCUGACAGCAGCUCUCCAGAGUUUCAGGCAGGAGUCUCUACUAAUCCUAUCUUCAGAUGCUGGGGGUUGAAUUUGGGACCUUCUGCAUGCAAAGCAGAUGCUCUACUGUUGAGCUUCCUUCCUUCCUCUGUGCACUGCCUUGAGUUCUGUGACAGAAGAAAGGCAGGCUCUCAAUAUAACAGAUGAUUUUCAGCCUUUGUGCAAGGAUAACAGGGACAAAGUGAGCAAAAUCAGCUAAGUGUGCUUGGACUUUCCCCAAAUUGGUGCCCUCCAGAUAUACAGGGCUACAGCUCCCAUUGGCCUCUGCCAGCACAGUUGUAGGAUGCUGGCGCUCACAUGAGUUGUAUUUCAAAACAACUGGAGGGCACUAGGUUAGUGAAGGCAGUGUUAGGGAGCAGAAGAAGGGUUUGUACCAAAAGCUUCUUGGAAGAGGUGGUGAAGGAUGGUAUAUCCUUGAUCCAUGUUGUGAGUGUGCGUGUGCACAUGUACCUAUAGUUGGCAGUCGCCUAGCACUAGCCAUCCUGCGGUGGACGUUGGUGUGUGUGUGUGUGCAGACAAGCCGGGAUGAGGGUCAUCCCAGUGCUAAUUCUUAGGAAUAGGGGAAGGGCAAGCUGGGGGGAGGGGUGUGCAAUUGCAUGUAUUGCAUUAUAUCCCACUCUUUUCUCCAAGUUGCUCAAGGUGGUGUACAUUCUCCCUCCUCAUUUAAUCCCCAAACAACCCUGUGAGGUAGGUUAGGCUGAGAUGCCCAAGAGGCCAUUGGACUUUCUUGCCAAGUGGUGAUUUGAGCCCUGGUCUCUCCCAAGUCCUAGUUUGAUACACUAACCACUAUACAGCUCUGGCUGUAUGGGUUACGGGAGCAGCCAAUAUUUGCUGUUCCGUACAUUGCACUUUGCACUUAGCACUGGCAAGCAAAUGUUGAGGCCACUUUUUUUCAAAGCCAUUCAGUGGUUUGUGCCAGUGGAUUAAUUUUUUAUAAGCCUGUCUAUAAAGAUGUAUGUCACAGAUUUCAUUUUGGAUCCCAGAGUCCUUAAUUUGUGGGGAUAAGCUGAAUUCCCAUUGAUAUUACUAUCCAUGUUCAGAUUUUGCUGUUAUAGUCAGGGCAAAGCGCUACCCACCACUGAGACCAAGAUUGCUUGCCAGGUUCCUAUAUGGGUGCCUAGACCACAUUCCCUCUGCUAUCAUGGAAUGACUUAUGCAUGAAUUUCAUAACUGGGCAUCCUCUCCAAGUUGUGUGCUGCCCCACUGAACAUGACCACAGGUACGUGGUACAUGACAACCACCCUCUGUCUUCUUCUGGCUCAUGUGUGCACAAUGACCAUGAAUGGCGCCAAGGACUGUUUGACGCUUAAUUGUGGAAAAAAUUAUUCUGACUCAGAAACAAUAUUUCCUUAUUUAUUUAGCUAAUUUUUAAAGAAGCCGCUGAGGGGUUUACAGCAUCUGAAAACCCCCACAAAUAAGAUAAAAUAAAAGUUCCAUAUUUUAGUGCAGCAGAAAACAUGGAGUCGUAGAAUUGUAGAGUUGGAAGGGACCCAAAGGUCAUCUAGUUUAACCCCCUGAAAUGCAGAAAUCACAGUUAAAGAUAGAUAAGUUAUCCUUAAAUGUCAAUAUAAACCAAAACAAUAAAUAGAUGGGGGAUGUAAUAACUACCAGCGGACCUGAAAUACAGCAGAGACAACCAGCCCCAUCUGCCAAGUACACAAGCUUUUAUUUAUAGGUAGCAGCAACACUCUCCUCUCUGCUCGCUCCCCACCUUAAGCUGGCACAAGAAGGGGGUGGGGGUGGGAAUGAUACACUUCUCACCCCACCCUUGGAAUUCCCUGCUGUCAUCAGGGAGCACCUCUUUGAGCACCAGUGAGGUGCAGUGUUUAGAGUGCUGGACUCUGACCUGGAAGACCAGGAUUCGAAUUGCCACUUGGCCACGAAGCUCUUGCUGGGUGGCUUUGGCCAGUCACUGCCUAUCAGCCCAGCCUACCGCACAGAUGUGUUGUAGGGAUUAUAUGAGGAGAGGGAGAACCAUGUACACCUUCUCAAGCUCCUUGGAAGGAAAGGUGGGAUAUACAUGUAAGAAAUAAUUAAGUUCCUACCCUGUUAAAAACUUCGUUCAGAACUUGGGAGAAAGUUCAGAGACUGCCUCCUCAGCCUCAAGACUGAGGAGGUAAUAGCUCCAUCUUGGCCUAUAUUUAUCAUGGGCUACAUACACAGCCCUUUCUUUUUUUAGACUAGCAAAAAAAGAAGAAGUCAUUUUCCAGGUAUCUAAUUUGAAGAACAGUAUCUCUCUGGGAAGCAGUGAAUGCUCAGCCCCUGAUUGAAGUUGCCUCUGAAGAAACUGUUAACUAGCUUCCCUAAAAUAUUUUUCCCCUUGUCCUAUUAAACAUCUCCCUCCGCCCAAUCACCACCACCUUCUCGGGGGAAGAUAAAAUGUGUGCUUGAUAAUAGGUGAAACAGCUCAUAUUGUGAAGUUUGAAAGCAAGCAAAACCUAGUUUGGUAUAUUUAGAAGAGCCUGGUGAACUUGAAUGUCUCAGUGCUGAAUUUCCAAUGAGGGAUGAUGUCAUUUUUGAAGGGAAGAAAUUGUUUUAAUGCAUCCUAGAAAUUCUGGUCUUUGUCAGUGUCUGAAGGCAGACCACAGUCAUUUAGUAGAUCAAGAAUAGGUAAGGCUGUAUGUCUAAUUGGAUCAGAUGUUGGGGCAUCCAGAAUCAAUAUCUCCUGAGCUUAAAAUGGAUUUUUGUCAUGGGGCCAAAACAUUUUUGGGUGGGUGGGAGAAAUGCUUCAACUUCACAAGGCUUUCACAUCAUUAAAAAGCUUCUCCCAUUUUAAUUAAAACUAGUUUCACUGCAGUCUCCUUGAGUAUUACUGUAGGUGGGUGGAUUCUAGAUUUGACCAAUAGUAUUGAAAUAUGUAACAUAUGAUAACUGCCUUUAUGUGCCAGACCAUCCUGGUAUACAUCAGGAUGAAAAUGCUCCCAUGAACACAGAAAGCUGCUAUAUUCAGAGUCAGGUUAGUGGUCCACAAUUUCAGCUUCUCCCAACCUGCAGUUUUGGACUACAAAUCCCAUCUGCUCCAACCAACCUUCAUCAUGCUAGCUGGGGCUACUGUGAAUUGUAGUCUAACAGCUUCUGGAGAGCACCAGGUUGGGGGAACCUGAUCUAGGCCAGUAUGCCUUUUCUGACUAUCAGUGGCUCCCCAAAGUCCCUAGCAGAGGUUCAUCCUGGCCCUGCUGCCUUAUAUCUGUAAAAUGGCCAUAGAACCUGAGACCUUCCAAAUGCAAAGUGAAUGCUCUGCCUCUGAGCUCUGGUCCCUUCCCAACAUUUUAAUAGGUUCAGUGCUAGGUCUGAAAACUCGGUACAGUGUCCAUGACCCUCCCAGUCCAAGCUUUGAAACUGUGAUGUGUGCAUGCGCCAGCCAGACCCAGGUCAUGAGAUAAUAUAAGAAAAACCUGGCUUCUGGAAUCAGGCCAGAGGGGGUCAGUCUAGUCCAGCAUCCUCUUCUCACAGUGGCCAACAAGAUGCCCCAUUGUGAAGCCCACAAGAAGGACAUGUGGGCAGCAGUGCUAUCUCCACUCAUGUUCCUCAGCCACUAGCAUUCAGAAGUCUACCAACUCAGACACUGAUGGCAGAACAAAGCCAGCAUGGCGAGUAGCCUUGACAGCCUUAUCCACCAUGGAUUUGUGUUAUCUCCCUUUUAAAGCCAUCAAAGUUGGUGGCUAUGACUACGUUAUGUGGGAGCAAAUUUCAUAGCUUAGCUAUGUGCAACUAUGUAAGAUGCCUUGGUUUAUUGGUUUCUGGGGAAGAAGUUUGAUCACCCUCCUGCUUUCUUCAGAUUCUUCUUAUGCUUCCAGUUGAGAUGGGGGAACAAAACACCAUCGGGAAAAGAUCAGAUGGAAAGGGGGGGGGGAAUACCCUCCAUUUCUAUCUGAUGGCCUUUCAGAGUGAAAAUUAACUUUUACGACUGGUAAUGGCUGGGAAUUGUAGCUCUGUGACAAUUUUCAGCACCCUUAACAAACCACAGUUCCCAGGCUUCUUUGGCGGGAAGCCAUGACUGUUAAAGGGGUGUAAGGGUGCUUUAAGUGUAUGGUGUGAAUGGGGAGUCAUACUGGCACUGACAAGGUCAUUUCUAGCUUUAAAAAAAGUAAGCUAACCUCAGGACCGGAAAGCCCACUCCGCCCCGUUUCUUCAUUUCUUACAAGAAUUUAUGCUGGUUCCUAGGAAUUUGAAAUAUUUUCCUCUUCUGGUAGUUCCUGACACUUAAAGACAUGGGCAUCCUUUGUGUAAAAAAAUGGGUUUAAAAUAGAAGAGGGGUCCCUUCUCUCAAGAGAGUGUGGAAAAAUUAUUUAUUGUUCAGAAAAUGCUUAAUUCCCCAUUUCUUUUGUGCAGAUAAUUUAUGGGUAGAUACCUUGAAAGGGGGGGGCUUAACCACACAGCAAGCUUUAUUUCAUUUAUUUACUUGACAGGAUUUAUAUAUUGCUUAAUGAAUUAUUAUGAUCUCUAAGCUGUUUAAUGGUCAUUGCUUUGCACUGAGAGCCUGAGGCUGUUGUGUUUCUGUUGAUCACAGUGGCUUUGUGGAGCCUCCAUGUUCAGAGGCAUUCUGCUGCAGGAUUCCAGUUGCAGGUGACCCUUGCCUUUGUUCCCUGUUUAUGGCCUCCCCCAAAGUGUCUUGCUGACCACUGCAUGAGGGGGGGAGAGAAUACUGGACUUAUUUGACCUGGCAUUUUCUUCUUAUAACUCGUGAUUAUUUUCAGACAAUUCUCAGCAUCUGCACAUAACUUCGUCCCAGAGUCCCUGGGCCACUUUCAAACUGAUUUAGUGAAGAUGGGGCUGGAGAAUUUUUAGAGACUGCAUGCAGAAUAUGAUUCUAAGAAUGCUGGGAUACUGAGAUGAGCCUGGGAGUUGAACAGAAGCUAUCCAGACAUCAGAGGGAAAUCAGGAGAGGUCUUAUUUUUAUGAGAGACAUCUCCCUGCUUGGUUUUAAAACAGGGGUGUGCUUAGUUUGGGAGGUGGGAUCUAGAUCCAGUCCAUAUCUUGGGGAACACACGCUGGCUUGUGAUGGAACGCAAGGACAGUGCUUCUAUACAAAGGAAUUAGGAAUGUUUCCUCCUCUACAUUUUUGGAAUUUUUGUGCUGACCAGCCUAUUCCUGGGCAAGGGGGCAAGGGGUCUUACUCUGAUUUGUAGUGGUUGCUAACUGGAUUGUGAGUGGUUAUACUGUCAGCUGUUUGCCCCCAAACUGAUUAUGUUUUAUUCUAUACCAUAUUUUAGAAUACAUUUUAGAGAAUACUAAUGGAUGUUUUAAAAAUCUGGUGCUGCAUAUAUCUACUGAGUAAAUAAAUAAAUAAAUAAAUUUGAGCUGGGCAGAAUUGGGGGCAGCAGAAAGGGUUAUUCCCAUGUAUUCUGAGUCCUGGACUAUAGCAGAUGGUUCAAUAUCAGUGUGUCAGUAUUAUAAGCCUCCCCACAGUAUGGACCCUGCCUGUCCUCUUCUUUGGCUCAUCCCUGCACAGGAAAUUGGUGUCGUUUUGUGUUCUUGCAAAGUUACAUGCUGUAUGUAGGCAAAAGAAAGAUUGUUUUCGGCUUGUUGGGUUUUUUUGCAGGGGAGAGGCAAAGUGUGACAGUGUAGGAGGAGGUGUGCAAGCAGUGUAUCUGUGUUGUGUUUGGGAUGUGCAUCCCGUGGCGUUUUGGCAAAUGUCCUGUGCCCCUCUGAGCGUUUGCUCUUGUGUUUGGCAUCCAGGGUGAAGAAGGCCCGCCCAGUCUGGAAUACAUCCAGGCCAAGGACUUGUUCCCUCACAAAGAGCUGAUCAAGGAAGAAGAGUCUUUACAGGUAAGCUACCUGGGGGGCUCUGGCAGGCUGGAUGGUGCUUGGUGCGAUUCCUUAUGGCCGGGCAGGAGGGGUGAGGACUGCGGGUGUGUAAUAAAUCUCCCUCCAGACUCCUGGAAGCGAAUGUUUCCUGCAGCCUGAGUGCAAAGCUGUGUCACAGCUGCUGCUGCAAGGACACACUGUUAUCACUCUGGAGUCAUUCAGACCUCUGUGAGUCCUGGUCCUUUCCCCUGCUCCUCAGAGCUAGUUCUCAGUUCCUUCUAGAGCUGCAAAAUAUUUCUUCUGCUUUGCAAGGGAGGGACGGGGACAGUCAGAUUAGCACACACAAUCUGCUGGAAUGUGCAAUCUCCUGGAGACUUGUGACCACCAAAAGAAAAGAAAUAGUGGGAAAGAAACUGAAAAUUCAAAAUGUCCUUAAUGACCCUGAAUUUUUGUUUUUUAAUGUGCCAGUCUAAGCCACUCCUGGCAAUGAACUGGGACAGUGAACAGCCAGAAGCAGAAUCUCUUUAAAUGUUGCAAAUCUGUCUAUCAGCUGCUGAUAGCCAAGAACACAACUACCUCCCGUACCUAAGCUGUCAGGCUGGGCUGGGCUUUAUUAUUACAUUAUAGCUAUUGUCACAGUAAAAGUCACAUUGGGCUCCCAGAAUGAGAAAUAUGUAGCAACAGAGGUCACAAAGAGUCGGACUCGACUAAACAACAACAAAAGCUUUUACCUUAUCAAGGGCUCAAUCUUUGGGUUACAGAGAUCUUUGUGAGUGUUCAAGGCUGAAGAAAACAGCUACUGGGCUAGACUAGCAUUGACCCCAGACAUGUUUUGUCACGUCUUAAAAUAGUUGUACAGUUUUCUGUAUGCCUUUUAAAGGGCCAGCCAAGCCUUGGUUUCCUUUUGUCUGUAAAGGCGUUUGAGAAAUUUCUAUGUCGACCUGGGAUAGUUCAGUUGGUAGAUCACGAGACUCUCGCGAUCUCAGAGUUGUGGGUUCGAGCACCACAUUGGGCAAAAUUUUCCUGCAUUGCAGGGUGUUGGACUUAAUGUUCCUCAUGGUCCUUUCCAACUCUACAAUUUUAUGGUUCUGGGAGACUGUUAAUUCACUGUCCAAGUUCCCUAUGCAUUUAUAGACUGUAAGGUGUUGUGCAUCUUUGAAAGGGGAACCUCCACAAUAGAAGAGGUCUUCUGAGCUGAAGCUAAUAAAUAGAGAACCUAGUUGCACCUGGAUUUCAACAUGGGCCAUGUAAUUGGGCAAUGUAACUGGAAUGUCAUAUGAACAAGAUCUUGUCUGGUGAACUCAGUGCAGAUUUAAGCAAAAUCCCCAAAAUACCACUUCUGAACACAUUUAUUAUAUAUUGGAUUAAAAGGGAUUGGGGGGGAUGAUAGCUAAAUAUCCUGUAAAGUGACCUUGGGGAAACAGAGCCCACACAGAGAGGAAUUUUCUGUGGCUCCCCUCUGAAGCCGCCUCCUUUCCACCCAAAUACUCUGAGGAGGACUGUAAUAAUUUAUUGUUUGGGCCAGCUAUUGGCAUGGGAGGAUUACACUUCCAAAUAUGAGGCUGAAUUUUUAGCAUAUAUUUUUCUUUGCCUUGAUUUUUUAAUUGUGUGCAUUGACACACACACACUCUAGAUCUUAGAAUAUUAAACUCAAACAACCAAGAAAAACAGAGGAAUGCUGCAUAUGGAAUUGGGGCUCCCUGUCUUCUGUGUGCUCAUACAUAUAUUUUAUCAUGGUUAUGCAUGGGGGCAGGGAGAACAAAUUACAGGAGGAGGCUUUUGAGAGUAUGCCCUGUGAUUUGCUUCCUGUGAUGUGCCGAUGUGCCUUUGAGCCUUGUUCAAUUUUGCUGUGUCAGUGUUGCCACAGAGAGUUGUAACGGGGGGCGGGGGGGGGGGGAGAGGCAGCCUGGGCAUCCUGCUGCACGAUUUCAUAUUCUCCUUCCCCCAGGGAAUAAAAUCACAUUUCAUAAAAUCUCAGCGGUGUUUCAAAGACACAGGCAGCCGGCUCUGAACGCUUUCUUGUUCCUUGUUGAAGCCCAGAACUUAAAAGGCCAGAGUGAGGCAGCGAGGUGUCCCUUUUUUAUGCUGCCAGCUAAAUUGCACUCCAAACCCUCCCCCUCUGAUUUCCACAGUCCUGUGAGAAUUUCACAUCCCCUGCACAAUUUCACACCAGCCUUCAGGUGUUAAGCUUCCCAGUUAACCAGCAGAAAGGGAAAAAAGAGGAAAGGAGGAGAUCUAUAUUUAAGCAUGGGAAGAUACCCCUUGAUGUUUUCAGGAGGAAACAAACACAAUUUAGCAGUUCGGUUCAAAUGCAGUACAGACCAACAGUUCAGAGGAUCAUCUCUUCCCACACCUUUGAUGGGGGGGUGGGGGAAAGCUUUUAAAAUGUGGUUGUAUGGUAUUUGUGCAGUAUGUAUCUUAACAUAGCAGGGAGAUACAGUAAUUGGGAGGUAACUUUAGUUGGCUGGUCAUAUUAGGAACAAAGAAGCUGCCUUAUAUACAGAAUCAUCUAGUGUAGCAAGUGUAGACUUGUGGGGGUCUCUCCCAGCCUUCCUGAAGAAGCAAGGGUGCCAUCUCACCCUCAGGAUUGUGGCUGUCUGCUGCCAUAACGCAAACAUGCAACAUCACAUGCACACGCCUGCAUGUAGUGUGUGUGACAUUGCAUCACAUUUUUGGAGGGGGGCUCCUCCAAAAAUGCAACAUGAUGUUGCAUGCUGUGUGUGUGAUGUCACAUGCACCUCAUGCAGGUGUGUGCAUGUGAUGUCAUGCGGCCGGUGGCGGUGGCGUCUCCUCCUCCUCCUCCUCCUCCUCCUCCUCCUCCUCUCUGCAGCCAGUGAGGUUUCUAACUCCUCAUGUUCCUAACUCCUUAUUUUAAAAGAAGAAGAAAUGCGAGGGUGUAUUUUGAGGAGAUUGAAGCCAUUGCUUCCAUGCAUCUCUUGGGACCUGUUCCCACUGCAGACACCCAGAAGACUGCUGGACUGAUGGCGGGAGCUGUAGAGCCAGGAACAGGCUUAGUGACCUUGCUCUUUUUGUAUCCCAGUGCAGUGUUCUUCAACCCUUCUUGUCCCCAGAUGAUUUUGGCCUAUAGCUUCCAUCAUUCCUGACUGUUGACUACGCUAGCUGGGGUGGGGUGAGGUGAUGGGAGUUGUAGUCCAACAUCUUCAGGGGAUUCCAGAUUGUAGAGCGCUGCUCCAGUACCUUGAGAACUUUCCAGCUUGUUCCCAAGUGAAAGUCCUCAUGGACUGAGACGUCAUUAUUUCUCUCCCUCUCUCAGUCACCUGUUCAAGUGGUGCUGUGGGUGGUGGCUUCCUUGGAACUUCAGCCAUAAGGUUUUAACACUCCUCCUUUUUCCUUCCAGGUUCCAUUUUCAGUGCUACAGGGAGAGGGUGUGGAAUAUUUGGGCCAUGCGAGUGACGCCAUCAUUGCCAUUUCCAACUACCGGCUCCAUAUCAAGUUUAAAGACUCUGUAAUCAACGUACGUCUGGGGCUACACGUCUGUCUGUCUGUUUGGGCAGAGUCUGCAAUGUCUUUGAUUAGGUCGCUCCCCCCUUACCAUUGGAAGAGUCCUUUAUUCUCCCCUUUCCAACCCUGCUGCCAAAAUGGUCCUAUUUGGGUGCUCCUUGCUCCCCUGUCCCCCUGCAUUCCUGAUCAACCCACUCAGUCUGGGCUGUUUGUUCUUCAAGCAGCCCCAGGUGACUCAAGCAAAGGGAGGGAAUAACCAUACCCUCUGGAGGAAGAUACAUACACAAACACCCUUAGAAAGAUCACUACCAAUCUGACAUUUGUGGGUGAGGUGUGUGGAAUUCCUUCUUGAAGGAUUCACUGAAAAUUGUAACACAAUAAAAUGCAAAUAUAUGAAGUAAAAGAAACAAUGGAAAUAUGAUUAAAAGUCAAUACGAAUGCCUUUGGACCACCUGGGUGAAACAUGUGGGCAACUGGUGGUAUACAGAUAACCUUUGUGUUAGAAUAAUACAGAUGUUGUUGUUGUUGUUGUUAAUGCUGUGAGGCCUCUUUAAUGUGACAUCCCUUUGGACCUCCGCAUAUCUUAAUCUGGGGUAUUAGAAAUGUGGGAAGUUUUGUUAGGUCUCUGCCCGCAGAGACUGGCAUUUGCCUGCCUCGUUAGUUAGUUAAUUUACUUAUUAAUUACAUUUAUAUCCCACCUAUCCUCCAAGGAGCUCAAGGUGGUGUACAUAGUGCUCUCUUCCCCUUUUAUCCUCACAGCAACCCUGUGAGGUAGUUUAGACUGUGACUGGCCCAAUGUCACCCAGUGAACUUCAUGGCUGAGCAGGGAUUUGAACCCUGGUCUCCAAGGUUCUUGUCUGACACUCCAUAACCACUACACCACACAACCUCACACUGAUUCACUCAUUCCUUGUCUUUUGUUCUAGGUGCCUUUGAGAAUGAUGGAAAGUGUGGAGAGUCGGGACAUGUUCCAGCUUCACAUUGUCUGCAAGGACUCCAAAGUAGUCAGGUAGGUGCUACCUGAUGACAGCCUAAGGUUACAGCAGGCGGGUAACUAACAUAAAUGAGGGGGUGGGGGAAACUCCUUCUGGGUGAAGGGCCGCAUUCCCCUUGGAAACCUGUUGAGGUUAUAUAUUCCAGUAUUGGAUCAGACCAGACCCACACAUCUGUAUGUUGUGUUGUGACCUGCCUUGAGAUCAUCUACGAGAAAGGGCAGAAUAUUAAUGUUAUUAAAUAAACAAUGCACACCAUCACACAAACCUAUUUCCCAUGGAAACAGAUGCAUGUAUUUAAUUCUUAGCAGUGCCACUCAUGUUUCAUGUUUUUCUUCGUCAGUCCCCCUUUUUUUUUAAUAGCACAGAGAUGAUAGAAAAAGCUCUUCAACACCCUUUAUCUAUCCUGGCUUUGAAAAAGGCAAACUCAGUAAAUCCCCUUGGAAGAAUGCAAAUAACUUCAGUGCACACAGUUGAACUACAAACUCUGCCUUACGGUUUUUGUAAACUUCAGAAUGCAGCUGCAUCUCAGAAAUUGCACACAUGCAGUUGCAAAAUGCAUGGACUCCUUUUUGCAUAUUUGCAAGGGUUGUGAGUCUGCCAAGACAUUUCCAACAUAGAAAGCCACCUUGCACUAAGCGCAGACCUUUGGUCCAUCUAGCUCAGUAUUGUCUACAUCUGAACUGACUGGCAGAGGCCCUCCAGGGUUUCAGACAGAGAAUGUUCUCAGUCCCACCUGAUGCUGCCAUAAUUGAACCUAGGACCAUCUACAUCCAAAGCAGAUGUUCUACCACUGAGCUACGAGCCUUUCCAUGCUUUGAACUUGUAAUGGGCAGAGCUGCCAUUGCACGCUGCAUGGCAUCAAAACCCUCUUCCUUCCUCAAAGGCACAGUUGAAAUCUGGCUUUGAGCUGAAUGCAGGGGAUUCCCCACCACUCCUCUAACGUAUGGUGUUGGUAGUGUGGUCUGUAAACCAGUCCCCUCACCAGAACAUAAGAAUUGCCUAGGUGAAUUUGGCCAAGGUUAAACUUGUCCAACAUUCUCUUUCCAAUGGGGAGCAGCCCAGAAGCAGUUCGUGAAGGCAGCAGGGUCGUCCCCCCUUUAUUUCCUCCAUCACCACCUGGUAUUCAGAGGUAUACUUCCCCUGCAAAUGGAAGUUCAGUUUUCUGCCCUGGCUAACAGCACCUUGCAAGACCUCUCCUCUACAAAUUAGUCUUUGGGGCCGCCAUCCCUGAUGACUUUAAAAGAGGAUGAGACAAAUUUAUGGAGGAGAGGGCUAAUGAUGGCUGCUAGCCACGAUGGCUAUGCUCUGCCUCCAUAGUCAGAGGCAGUAAUGCUUUUGAAUACCAGUUGCUGGAAACCACAGGAAGGGAAAGAGCUCUUGUGCUUGGAAUCUGUUUGAGGGUUUCCUACAGCCCUCUGGUCGGCCACUAUGAGAACAUGCUGAACUACAUGGGCCUUUGGCCUGAUUCAGCAGACUCUUCCUAUGUUCUUAAGUGGUUUUUUAAAGUUGUAUUUAUAUGUAUGUUUUAAAAAGCAACAACACUAGGAACAAAAGUGGUUAACGGAAUGGGGGAGGUAAAGGAAAAAGGGAGUUCAAACCUUGCUGUUCUUAGGUACAUGUCACAGGUCCAGUAGAUGUAUCAUCCCAUUAUACAGAGUUUUUGUUGUUAAAUGUUUUUAUUGAGUACGUAUCUAAGCUAGUGGCCACAGGCAGUAGAUAUUAAAGAGAUUGUGGGUGCUUAUGUCUCCUUUCAUUCCUGUAGUUCAGUUUGUCUGUCUUGCUUUUCUGAGCGUUACAAAGUGCACCUGUACCCAUCUAUGUCUUGCAGGUGCCAUUUUUCUACUUUUAAGCAAUGCCAGGAGUGGCUGAAAAGGCUGAGCCGAGCCAUCGCUCGCCCUACCAGGCCGGAAGACCUGUUUGCGUUUGCUUACCACGCCUGGUGCUUGGGGGUUUGUGCUGAUGAGGAGGACCAGCAUGCCCACCUCUGCCGCCCUGGUAGGUCAAAAGGGACACCUUCUAAGGCAAAUCUAAGAGGGGCCUCUAGCUGCCGUUUUUCAUGCCUCGCCAUGCUGGGCCCCGUUAACCCUCUCAUCACCAAUUUAAGACAGAGCUGUGCUCUGACAGCCUUUGCUAACCUGGUUUCCCUCUAGAGAUUUUGGACAACAGCUCCCAUCAGCCCCAGCCAGCACAACUGUGCUCCCAUCUUUUGCAGCAUCAUGUGGGAGUUUUGACAGGGAAUGGUGGGAGCUGGAGUCCCAAACUUCUGGAUGGCACUUGGUGCUUGAGCUGACUUUUUAAAAACUGCUUAUCCGUUUGCAGGAGACCAUGUGAAAUACCGCUUUGAGAUGGAGCUGACUCGGAUGGGCUUUGACUUGCAAAAUGUGUGGAGGGUUUCUGACAUCAAUAACAACUACAAGUGAGUCAUCGUUUAAGGCUUCACCAUCUUCAGAGGCAAAAAGAAUCUGCAGCCCCUCACCCGCCUUGUCCAAACUAGGCAUUUCAUUAGCUAGGCAUCUAUCCCUUUAGAACAGUGGUUCCCAAAGGGUGAGAUUACCUAGGGGGGUGCUGGAGGUGGAUAUGAGUACUAAACUUGAAAAAGCUGGCAUCACUGGAUCAAGUUCAUCAGCUUUGUUGAAUUAAUUAUUUAAUUGGAUUUUGAAUAAAUGUGCAAUAGAUUGUUACUGCUUUGAAUUUUAUUGUGUUAUUAUCUUCCAUAGUGGGUCCUCCAAACGGCUAUUCUGAAUAAUGCUUCAUUUAGGGUGGGACACUGGGAAUGAGUUUAUGGAACCCAAGGGGGCAGUGGUCCAAAUAAGUUUGGGAACCCCUGCUUUAGAAUAUAGGAACGUGAAACAAAUAAUAUAGGAACAGAGACAAUGCCUCUUGCUGGUCUGGAUGGAGAGAGGACGUGUGUACACACACGUGUGUGUGGUGUGUAGAAACCCACAAAAAUUCCAGUUUUGUGUGAUUGGAAUGCAUCCUGUUGUACAAAGUUGAGAGUCACAUCUUUGACCCACCCACUUUUGCCUCUAGCUCCGCCCAUCACUGGCAUGCAGCCUUUGGACGUUUCCCCAGGUCCGAAGUGCUGCCCUUGGGCUGAAAAAGGCCCCCUGCUCCCGCCCCACUUGUGACCACCUAAGAUUGCCUAUCCCUUUUCUUCCCCUUCUAUUUCUAUUUCCAGUUGAAGAGCCCGUUGUUGUUGUUGUUGUUGUUGUUGUUGUUGUUGUACAUUUCAGAAGUUCUUCUUGGUGGUUCUCCAAACAUGUACGGCCUUGCAGGUUUUUUUAAAAAAAUAAGGUCUGGAAUUUGCUCUCAUUUCUUUCACUCCUGUCCCAUGGUCAGCUCCCUGUAUCUUUUCUUUCUUAGGUUGUGCACCAGCUACCCGCAGAAACUCCUGGUUCCUGUUUGGAUCACUGACAAGGAGCUGGAGAACGUGGCUUCCUUUCGAUCGUGGAAGCGAAUUCCAGCAGUUGUGUAUAGGUACGAAAAAGAAUGCUUAAACUAUAGAAGGUUGCAAAUCCAGUGGCAUCUGAGGGGAAUCACAGGGAUUCUGUGGGUUGAAGGCUGCAAACCAUGGUCCUGCUUACAUCUUACCAGCCAAAGAUUGAUCAAAUUGGAUUAUUCAUCUGUUUUUAGAUAUAGGCUGUCCUCCUUCUGGCCAAGUAGACUAGACGAUCUGUAGGCUCAUGGUCUGAUCUACAAUUCUGUGUUAACCCUUACCAUCCUUGUUGCUGUCUGGUUUGGUUCUAGAGUCGCUAUGGGAAUUUAUUUGUUAUUUAGUUGGUGUUGUACGUACAGAGCCUUUGCAGAAAGAGAGUGAGUUCAGGGCUGUGUACCCUUAUCUGCAGCACAUAGUCUAGUCUUUGACACAUAAUUUACCUUCUUGAUAAUUUUUGCAUUUUCAUAACUCAACUAACAGGGAGGACCUUUUCCACAAGUUGCUUUGCAGAUCUUUCUCUGUCUCUCUGUCCUACAACUCCCAGCAUCCCCAGCCAGCAUAGGCCAUGGACAGGGAUCAUGGGAUUUGUAGUCCGAAACAUCUGGAGGGUACGGCAUUGUGGAAGGUUGCUGCAAACAUAGGAAUUGUAGAGUUGGACGGGAUUCUGAGGGUCGUCUAGUCCAGCUACUAGAUCAUACAUGCAAUAUGGAAUAAGGCUCCAUAUUCUUUCAUGGGAUCCUGGGAAAUGCUACUUCUCCCUGACCCCCUGAUCAAAAAAUAUCCUUAUUAUUUGGCUGAGAAGCUGUGGCUUCUUGAGAUGGGUCCAUGUACUCUGGGACUAGUGGGCUUCCUUGAUUUCUCUUCCAGACAUUUGCGCAACGGGGCGGUGAUUGCGCGCUGCAGUCAGCCGGAGAUCAGCUGGUGGGGCUGGCGCAACGCUGAUGACGAGUACCUCGUAACCUCCAUCGCCAAAGCCUGUGCCUUGAACCCUGGACAGAGGCUGGCAGGGGGGACCCCGCACUCUGGGCUCAGCGAUGGGAACGAGGCCUGUGAUGCUGGUUUUGGUAAGUAAGGCAGGCAGGCAUGUUCUCAUCUCUCAACUUUUGCUGCUUAAAUGCUGUAUCGCCCUUCGGCAGAUGGUCCCUUGACCAUGGUAGCAUGGGCCUGGCCUUACUUCUAGCGUCUUCUUGAAGAGUGUGAUUAAAAUUGUAGCCCCAGAAUUCUCUUUAGUCCUAUCCCUGUUCCACAUAGGAAUUGUGCAAAUAAAGCCACAGGCUGGUUUUCUGCUAGGAAAAGGUUCUAGGAGGGCAGCUACUGCCAGAAGCUGGAAAGAAAGACUCCAAGAUUAUGAUCCCAGUUAGCCAUAUAAAAAGCAAAUCAUGAGAGCUGAUAAGUCGUCCCCCCCCCAGCUCUGCUUUGAACACACUGCAAUUGGGAGUGUUGUGAGAGCACAGAGAGAAGGCCGCAAGCCAACCUCUGAUUCCCUAUCAAAACAGCUAAUGGCCAGUGUAACGCCAUUAAUGGUUGCGCCUACAGUUUUUGUUUAAAGAGUGUAGUUCAUUGUCAUCUUUCGUUAUGCCUCUGACAGACUUGUGGAGUGCAGUUAUACCCUUUCCUCAUUACUUUAUCCCUGAAAGCUGCUCUCUGUUUGCCACCCCCAAUUUCUGCUUGAAUUUCUCCUCCUUGAACACUUGUUCACAAGGCCCAAACCAGAAAUAGUAUUCUAGAUAUGGCAUCAUGUAAUGCUCCUGAGAAUUAUGACUGCAAAGAAGGCAAAGGCUGCUUAGUUAUCCUUUGUUGGUACUUUUGUUCAAGUUCACUCUGAGGCCGCUUUUUUAUUUUUCUUCUGAAUUUCAUAUUGCUGGGCAGAUUGUAUAGAAUUAGGACAUGGAUCGGGAGAUGGGGGACUGAACUGUCCUUUUUGCAGAUUCAUCUCUGACUGCGUGCUCAAGUGUGGAGAGUUCAGCGACACCUCAGAAGCUGCUGAUCCUGGAUGCCCGGUCCUACACUGCCGCCGUCGCCAACCGAGCUAAGGGAGGAGGCUGUGAAUGUGAAGGUAUGAGAGGCAUUUGAGCACACAAUGGCGGCGCAUGAGUCAAAGUCCCUAAUAGAAGUGCUGGUGUGGUUUUCUGCUCCCCAGCUCUCCAGCUCUGUGGUUGACUUGUCAGGAGGGGAUGGGAGAGGAAAGGAGCAUGUGCCCAGGGCAAAUCCAACCUGUUUUGCCACAACUGAGUCACAAGGUGUCCUUUCAGAAAAGUCUCUGCUGCUGUUCAUUUAUUCAUUCAUUCACACACAUGCUAUUCUUUGUGAGUGGGUCGGCUGUAAGGCAAGUUGGAGGGUUCAUCUGCUGAUGUGUGGUCAGAUUUUAAGCAUUCCUCCCAUUAUUCAUGCCUUGUUGUGGUUGGGUUAUAUAGGCCCAUGUUAAAUACUUUGAUAUAUGUAAUUGCAACUCUGUAAUUUGUUUUUUAUACCGAAUAUGUUCCGUGUAUGCUUCUCUUACUGUUUACAGGUUUAUUUGUUAGUUUGUCAAUAACAAAUAGAAUAAGAUUUUUUUUUGCUGUGAGCUAUUUCCUUUGACAGCCAGCAUCAGCUUCCAGCUGACCCCCUCCCUUUCUGUGCUGUGUUUCAGAGUAUUACCCAAACUGUGAAGUGGUGUUCAUGGGGAUGGCCAACAUCCAUUCCAUCCGCAACAGCUUCCAGUACCUGCGGGCUGUCUGCAGUCAGAUGCCAGACCCUAGCAAGUAAGUUCCAAUCGGCAUUUUCAGUUGGUUAAUGGGACUGAUUGCUUUUAACUCCAGUUUGGGGUGAGGUUUCUUCCCAGGGCCUCUUGAUCAGGAUGGGAUAGCACAGGGGCACAGCCCAACACCUCCCCACCUGUGUUCAACCAAAGGCAAACUGUUCCAGAAGCUCUGCAAAACGCCAUCUUGGUAGUUAAGAUCACCCCAUAAUUAACUGGUAGUUGUUGUAACGGUGAGCUCAUAUUCACUUGCUUUGAUACAGGUUAAUUGCCUUGCUUUGAAGUUCUCCUUAUCUGGGCGGUUUGGAGUGCUGGGCUCUGAGCCCAGAAGGAAAACUUACCUGUAAGAUUUGGGUAUUUGCCACCUAUGCCCUCAUCUGGUCAGGUGAAGUGAUAAGAGGUCCUUUGGCACGGGCAAGGCAUCUCCUUGCUGCGGUGCUGUCCCACGUCUGUAAAAGGUUGGGAGACCUGGCAGGUUGAUUUGCUGUAAGUCUGCACCUUCUUUAAUAAAGCCCUAGAACUGGCCGUUCUGUUGUUUUUUGACAUCCUUCUUUGGCUAUCCCUGCACCCAGCCACUCCCACAAGUCCUCCUGUGGGCUUGUGGCUCAGAACAUCACCCCAUUCAUCCUUUCAGCAACCAUGAGAAUUUGAGAGGAGGUGAUUGUUCCAGGAUCACAUGGUGAGCUUCAUGGCUGAGCGUGGAUUUGAACCCAGGGCUUGGCUGUCUCUCCACUAUGUCUCAGUGUCUCUCUGGGUUUUUUGUUGUGUGUGUGUGUGUGUGUGUGUGUUUUUUUGCAGGGCAGGGGGAUCUGAUCUGGCCACUCUCUUCCUAGCUGCUCCGCUUUCUCUUGCCUCCUUUCCACCCCACAGGGCAGUGACCUCAAUAUUGAUAGCUGCUCUCUCUGCCCCUGCCUUUUCUGCUGUGUCUUUUUAGGCCAGCUUCAUCACAUCACUCUUCUUUUCCCCUGUUGCCAUGGAAAUGUUUCCUCCUAGCUUAUUGAGGGCCAGCAGUCUGAAGAGCAGGAGGGAGCUUUCUCUGUUUCCUUGUGCUGCUGCUGGUUGCCAGCAGCUGCAGCAAGUGCAUGCCAUGUCCUUGGUAAGGAGCUUUCUCCUUGGAAAAGGUGGCAUCUGCUGUCGAUCUCUCUGUGGAUCCUCACUUUCCAACCCUUGAAGCAGGGGAGGGAAGAUUCAGGUUGGAAGGUGUGCAACCUUCCAAGGGCCAUAUGCCAAUUGGGGGGUGGGGACAAAUUGGAAAGUGGGUGGGGCAAUGAAUAUAAUUAGUACCUUUGUACAGUAGGGAAGUGUCUAAACACACUUGCACACCUCUCUCCAUCCUCCACCCAGAACAGGGAAGGGCAGGAGUGGGCUAGGAUAUCAGUUCAGGGUGUAGGUUGGGGGGAAGCUAGUUAAAAAAGAUCAAGACUGUUGGAUCUGAUGCAAGGCCAUUCCGGCCCUGCAUCUGGAAACCCACCCCUGCGGACAACCAACUUUGUGGGCUGUGAUGAGGGUGCUACUGAUUGAAAGAGUAGAGGAGGCAUUUCUGGAUGAAGCAGGUCAUGGAGACAACUGAUAGGACAGGGCUGAGGGGUGGUUGUCAGCUAGAGCGCCACAUUCUGGGGGUCACAGCCCAGUGGUGGCUGGGAGCAGAGGCAGAAGUGGGUAGGGCAAUGGAUAUGGCUCUUCCCUUUCUACACUAGCGGCUUCCAGCCAUGCAACAGCCAGAAGCAGGAUCCCAGUUCAAGGACGUGUUCCAUUUGGGCAAAAGCAGCCAAGGAGGGAGAGGAGCUGGGCCAGUGAUGGAGGGUGGCUGUGUGAGAGGGAGUGUGGCUGAGAAAGAGAAGGGGGUAGCAUGGGGAGAGUGAGGGCUGAAUUGAGGGGCCUGGAGAGCAGUUGCUCCCUGCCCCACCCCUGGUCUGAGGUUCCCCACAGCUCCCUUAGAUCUGUCAGAAGCUUAAUGUUCUCCCAUUCCUGUGUCCCUUUCCAGCUGGCUGUCGGCUCUGGAGAGCACCAAGUGGCUGCAGCACCUUUCUGUCAUGCUGAAGGCAGCUGUGUUGGUCUCCAAUGCUGUCGACCGAGAGGGGCGCCCUGUGCUGGUUCACUGCUCAGACGGCUGGGACAGGACCCCACAGAUUGUCACCCUGGCAAAGAUCCUUCUGGACCCUUACUACCGGACAAUGGAGGUAUCAUAUCUCUUUUGCCUGUUGACAUAAGAUGAAGGGGCAGUUUUCAGGAGAACCUGACCUGGGCGGGUGGGGCAUUCUCUUGCUUUGGCCUCUUUAUAUAAUAGUCCAAAGUGGACAAAGCACAACCUAUUCUCAAGCUUCUCCCAAGUCCUCUGCGUCUCUUUUUUCCAACUGAUAGGGCAAUCUCCCACAGGAGGCAGUGAGCUUUCACCUUGUUAUCUCUUCCGGAACAAGCUUGUGCCUUUCUGUGAAAUUAAAAAGAGUGUUCCUUUUUCAUUUUGGAGUGUUACCCAAUCAAGAAAGUAGGACAUCAUCGGCCAUAUAAAGUUGGUCGGAUAAAUGGUUCUUCAUAUUAUUUUUAGAUAGGCACACAGCACCUUACAGAAUGAGAAUACAGUAGUCAGGACCCUGCCCUCAAGGAGCUUACAGUCUAAAACAAACAACAUGGAAGACAAAAGGAAGCUGGUGGGGGAAGGGUAGAUGAGGACAGCAAGGGGUGAAAGUGGGCAAAUACAGCAACAUGGAGUUAGACUUCCUACAUUUCAGGGAGUUGGACCAGAUGGCCCUUGGUGUCGCUCCCAACUCUACAGUUCAAUGAAUAGGUGAGUUUUUAGUUGGGAUCUGAUGAGUGAGAGAAGGCACUGCACAAUUUGCCUAGGAAAAGUGUUCCAAGCAUACAAAGCAGCAAGGAAGAAUGGAUAUUGUUGUAUAUGGAAUCAAGGGAUUUUUCUGGUGGCCAAGCUGGGACUAAAGAUCACAGGAAGCGAUCUAAUGGAAAGGAGAGCAGAAGAAUGGGGUAGAGCAAGGCUGUGGAGACCUUUCAAGGUUGGAAGCUGCCUUAUACUAAGUCAGGGCACUAGUCUGUCUACCUCAGUAUUGUCUAUUGGCAGUGGAGUUUCAAACAGGGAGUCUCAUCCAGCCCUGCCUGGGGAUUGAACCUGGGAUUUACUGUGAGUGCUCUAUCGCUGAACUAUAGCUGCUGAGCUAAGGCAAGGGGUUGUGCUGGAAACACCAGUGAGGGGACAUGAGGAGGAAUGUUACAAUCUGAGGAAUGACUUUGGCAGCCCUAGAAGCUUCCUUCCCCUUCAUUGCAGCCUGCCCAGUGGGUCUACGGUGGUGACAUUUCUCUCCUUCCUCUUGGCAGGGUUUCCAGGUGCUGGUUGAAUCAGACUGGCUGGAUUAUGGCCACAAGUUUGGGGAUCGCUGUGGACACCAGGAGAAGGCGGAGGAUCAGAACGAGCAGUGCCCCGUUUUCCUGCAGUGGCUGGAUUCUGUCCACCAGUUGCUCAAGCAGUUCCCCUGCCUUUUCGAGUUCAAUGAAGCUUUCUUGGUAAGAGAGAGCCUGCAACAGCCUAGGGAGGGGCAAAUCACAGUAGACCGAUCAUUUUAUCACAGGCUGGUCUUUCUAAUGGGAGAGUCAAGAUGGCUCACAAGAGCUUAGUUUGAAGAAUAAAUCAUGCAUUCAUUCAUCAUUUUAUUUGUACAGCAUCCUGCUUUUGUUGGAGAGAGAAGUUUGGAAGAGAGAUUCUUACUUUUUCAUAGCAGAGUUAGCACAGUGGUGAUUGCUCCAAGGAUGUUGAAACUUGGUGCCCAUAUCCACCUUUAAAUAAACAAUCCCCAUGAGAAUACUUAGGCUAGAAUAAAUCAGACACUUGGCUUACAGAGUUUCCAGAAGGCCCUUCUCUAAGUCCCACCACCUUCACAGGCAUGCUUGGUGGGAGGGAACUUUCUCAGUGGCAAUUCCCAGGCUUUGGAACUCCCUUCCUAGAGAAGCCAGAAUGACUCUGUCAUUGUCCUUCCCCAGCAGCUGAAGACUGUUCCAUUCCAACAGCCCUUUGAGAACUGACUGGUUUUUCAGGAAAGGGCCUUCAACAGUGCUGUGCUCUUUUACUACCUGUAUUUUAAGAGAUUAAAUGUUUAUAUUCUUUUAAUUCUAUUAGAGUUUAAUUACCUUUUAACUGUAAUUUUAUAUGUUUUUUAGUUGCUUGUAUUUUAUCUGUGUUCUUUUCAAGAACAGUGUAAGCUGCCUUGAAACCCUAUCCAGGGAAAAGACAGGCUAAAUAAUAAUAAUCAAAGAAUAUCAGAUAUUAAUAAUAAAAAAUAAUGUGAGAAUGAAGAGUUCAAAUUGCGUAAAAUAGUACAUCACAGUUUUCCCUUUCUUCAUGCUACACACUUUCUCUUGCCCUUGACAGUAGGUAGGCUGGUCCAGUCAUUAGUUUCAGUUAUACUUUAAUCAUGAGCAUCUGAAGUGUGAGCGCACAGGGCCAAGAAUACUCCAGGUAGUUUCCAAAUAUAAGUCUAUAAACAUUUAUUUCUCUUAUAUAUUUAUUUCUACUGACCGUGUCCUGAGACCCCUUGCAGAGUAUAAUAUUUUUUUUAAUAACACAGAAACAUGAAAAGAGUUCUUCCGGAGAUGGGCUCAUGCAAGCUUUAACCCAAAGCCCUUCCUGUCAUCUCCUCCAGGUGAAAUUGGUGCAGCACACCUACUCCUGCCUUUAUGGGACCUUCCUGGGGAACAGUCCCUGUGAGCGCGAGAUCCACAACAUCGCCAAGCGCACCUGCUCGGUCUGGUCCCUCUUGAGAGCUGGCAACAAGAACUUCCACAACCUGCUCUACAUGCCUGGUAGCGAACAGGUGAGUGGGAUUCCCACCCCUGGUGCUGGAGGAGGGGGAAGGGGUCCUGCCCUGACUGAGCUUGCUUUUCUCCACCUUCCAUGGCAGGUGCUGCACCCCGUAUGCCAUGUGCGAGCCCUGCACCUCUGGACGGCUGUGUAUCUCCCGGCAUCCUCCCCAUGUCCCCUUGGAGAAGAGGGCAUGGACCUUUACCUGCCUUCUGGAUCCCAAAGCCAGGAGUUUAGCAGCAGGUCUCUUGACAGGUAGGAUAAAGUGCCCCUCGUCUUGUGAGUUGCACCAGGGUUUCUAAGGAUGCCUGCUUGCAUUAGCUGUGGUUUCUGCAUUGUAAAGGGUGGGACCAGAUGACCCUUUGGGUCCCUUCAAACACUACAAUUCUAUGAUUCUAGGUCUAGAGAAUAGCUCAAAUUUUGCCAUAUAUUUUCCGUUUCCACUAUAUACAGUGGGUCUUGUCCAAGGGAAGGUUCUGGUGCUUUCAACCUACUUUGUAUUCCAUCACAUUAUCCACUUGUAUAUUCUGACGUUCCCCACUGUCCUAAAAAAUCUUGGAAGAGUUGUUAAUGUCAGUGCUUAUCAGGAACCUGACAUUUAAAUCUAGCACACCAAAAAAGGAUGCUUCUACUUAUAUGGUGAUUUCUUUACUGAUUUUGUCAAAGCUUUGGAGAAAGGACCGUAUAAGAUAUAUUUUGAAAUGCCAAGGUGCAUUGUAAGGAUUGAAUGCCUCUUAUCCAAAUGGUUGCUGAUAUUCAGAGGGUCCCCUCAACCUGUUCAGGUUGUAUCUCAUUCUGAGAUACACAGUCUUAAUUGCUGUGUACUGAGCAUUAACAUCUAAGAAAGAGACCAUUAGAAACAGUGAGGCCUCUGAAGCCCUUCGGAAAAUAUCUAGGUUUUUCUCCAUUGGCCAUAAACACUUGACGUGGGGCCAGAGACUAGUUGGCAGGCCGUCAGGUAGUGGGGACAGGCUCUGGCCACUUGGCUGCUUGCGUCCAUGGUGAACCCAUAUCCUGUUUCAGGCUCUGCAAGGGCCUCCACAGGCAGAGAGAGAUCAUUCUCUCCGGUGCCUAAGGUUGCCUUUUGUGGUUCCAGAUUACCAAAGACCAGAUCCAUGGACGAUCUUCUUUCUGCCUGCGAUCCCAGCAGCUUGCUGACCCGCACAUCAAGCGAUCCAAACCUGAACAACCACUGUCAGGAUGUCAGGGUCAGCCUGGAGCCCAGGCAUUCUGGUGCUGAGGAGACGGCAGCUGGCAAAGAGAGUGUGGGAGAGGAACCUCCCCAGGUGCCUCCACAGCAGCAGGAAGAAAAAGAAGAAGUGCACCCCUUGCCUGUUGCCAGUGACGGAAACUCUGACAGCAACAGAACUGAGCAGCCACACACAUCACAAGACCAUAGAGGGUCUCAGCAAUUAAACGGUGUAUCUCCCAAGGUAGAAACUGUAAGCAGAGCAAGUCCAGAAGCAGUGGAAGGUCCCUGCCCCGCUCAAAACGCUUCUCAGCUGAAGAAGCCUUUGGGGGACGUGACUGGAACAGAUGAGCAGCUUGGAAAGUUCCUCUGCAACCAUGCAAAAGAUGUUGGCCUGGAAUCUAACGGCCCCUUGGACCUUGCAGAGCCCUGCUGCCCUGACACCUCCCUCCAGCCUUCAGUGGGUGGCCCCCGUUGGAUUCCACCAGCUCCGAGUGUUCCAAGGCAGGAUGCUCCUGGAUGCCGGAACGAGGAGGAGGAUGGCAAGAGUGGCCGCGUCAGGCAUGGGGAAGAGGGCAGCCAGACAGGGAAGGCUCAGCCGGAGUUGUGGCGGAAAGGGAUCUCUCAGAGCCAGACGAGCGAAUUUUCUUUCCUGGGAGCCAGCUGGGACAGCUUUCAGGGAAUGGGGACGUCGCUCCCCGGAGGCGACAUGGGUCCCCGGCGGCUCCUCUCUUAUGGCUGCUGCAACAAGAGGCUGAGCAGCAGGCACUUCUGGGCCUCUGGACUGUGCCUCAGUGGUCAGUGGCCUUUGAAAGAGAGUGCAAAGCCCCCUGGCUGCUCCAGCCACUCUGGCACCCACUGCGCAGGCUAUGCUGGGAAGUCCAGCAAGGUGUGGCUCCCUUGCCAUCUGAAGCAGGCCCUCGGCUCCAAGCACGCACCACCGAGCAGCCCCUCCCCAGUGCCUCCACUCUACCUAGACGACGACGGGCUCCCCUUCCCAACAGACGUGAUCCAGCACAGGCUGCGGCAGAUCGAGGCCACCUACAAACAGGAGGUUGAGCAACUACGCAGGCAGGUGCGGGAGCUGCAGCUCAGGCUGGACAUUCGCCAUUGCUACCCGCCUCCAGCUGAGCCGCAAAUGGACUACGAAGACGACUUCGUAAGUGAUGGCUUGCGGGUGUGGUUUCUCCAGCAGCCCCUGGGGAAGGCACACAAUCAUUUAAUUGUAGAUGGGAGGAGUUGAAAGGCCAUCAACAACACACCUGCCUCAGAGGCAUCUCUGUCUCCUAGUGCGUUCCAAGCAGAACAUAGCUACAAUGCUGUGAGGUUCUGGUGGAGCAGAUAAGGUGUACGUGCUGCCAGAUUCCAUUCACAUAGUUCUGAGAAUCAUUUGUUCCUUGCUUGCAUCUCCUCUUGUCUCCCCCCCUCUUCCUGUUUUCCAACAGAGGCAUUCCAGAAUUCCCCAGUCUCCAACUCCACUGUUCUGUUGGUUGAAGAGGGUCUGUAGCUCAGUGGGGGAGCUCAUGAUUUGCGUGUGGAAGUCCCGUCCUAGGUUCCAUUUCUGGAAACUCCAGUUAUAAAAAGAUCAGGCAGCUGUUGUGGGAAGGACCCUCUGCUUAAGACUCUGGAGAAGUGCUACUGGUUACAGUAGAUACUGGGGUAGAUGGGACAGUUGGCUUGACCUGAUACAAGGCAGCUUCCGAUGCCCCUGUGAGCGUAAUUAUUCCCAACUCACUAUUAGAGGAUACUGAGGUUUCAGGGGGAGGUGGAAAUGUGUGUGAUAUGCAACAGAUUAGCUAAUGGCUGUCGUGGCCUUCCUUGCAGACCUGCCUCAAGGAAUCGGACGGCAGUGAAAAUGAGGACUUCUAUUCUGAUCACAGUGAAGACUGUCUAUCUGAAGCAAGCUGGGAGCCUGUCGAUAAAAGGGAAACUGAGGUCUGUUGCAUCUCUUUAGUUGGCUAGCAUGACAUGGGAAGCAGCUGCAUGGCUGACAUGGGUAGCAUGACAUGGGAAGCUCAGUAUUUCCAUUAUUUUGUGUGUGUCUGCUAUUGCCCCAUCCUAGAUCUGGUGUUACAAACUCUCUUGCAUUUCACUAUAUCUGGAUGUGUUAAGGGUUUAAUGAACUGUAUGUCUAGAAGUACCCCUUAUUGUCUACUCUGGACUUCCUAACUGGAUGUCCUUCAUAUGUUUUGGACUGCAACUCCUAUUAUCUUUGACCAAUGGCUGUGUUUACUGGGGCUGAUGGGAGUGCUAGUCCAAAACUUGUGGAGGGCACCAGGUUGGGGAAUGCCAGUCUACUCCAAGGAGCAGUUAUUCUCUGACAUCCUUUCUGAUGCUUGAAAACUCAGCAUUCUUCCUAUUUCUAGAGAAAACACUCAUUUUAUCGUUUGCUUUUUCCCAUCUUAAACUGUCAGUGUGGCCCCUUUCUGAAUUGUUUCCUGUGUAUCAAACACUUUUCUGAAACUGGAAGUGCUGGAAACACAGAACUCCAAGCAAAGCUUUCAAAUGUGCCAAGUAAAUGCUGCUCCCUGACUCUGUAUACGAAUAUCCUUCUAACUAUCAGAUACACACUGUGAUUUCUCUGCAGGUCACUCGCUGGGUUCCAGACCACAUGGCCUCACACUGCUUUAACUGUGACUGUGAGUUCUGGUUAGCCAAACGCAGGCACCACUGCAGGUAACGCUUAGCAACUGCUAUGACUUUUCCUUGUCAGUUGUCUGUUUUAUUUUUCUUCUCCUCAGUUCAGUAACUACAUCUCAAAUGUUCAUGGUGAAUGGAAUUUUGAGAAGGAUUGGGCAGCAAAUUCCCCACUGGAGAGCAGGAGGAAUGGUUUCUUUCCUGGCAAGGAUGGGACGGUCGGCCAGUGUAAUUGCCAACCAUUUGCUUAAAUGCUUGGAAGAGUGUAGGGUAUUUUGCUCUCAGGAAAUUAACAAAGAUGUUCACUACAUCAGUAUUUUUAGAUUACAUCCUUUAUACUUAAAAAUUGUAUAAACAGUUUGCCUGAUGUUAUGCUUUUACAAGGAAAAUUUAGGAUUCUGAGGAUGAAAAAUUGGAUAAUGAAUAUUCCUAGAAAAGCCAUUCUUAAAACUCUGUGGGAUUACAAUCCACUAAGUCCUUUUUUUUUGUUUUUUUGCUGAUGACAGCAUUUUCCUGAAAGUACUAAAUCAGUGCCUUAACAAGUCUGUAGUAUUAAUAACCAAGAUAAAAUAAUAGGUAUAUAAGAAGAGAGCCCCGCUGGUUCAGACCUAGGUGUGGAGGGAUGUCUGUGUCUGUUUUUCAUGUGUUCAUUAAUAAGACCAUUUUGUCCUUCUUUCCAAGCAGUUUUGUCUGCUGCUUUCUAGACAUGGGUCCAAGUGGUUUUGCCUUUGCCUCACGGCUUCCCCCUGGAAAACCCACUCCUUUAGUGUUAAGUCAGAACAAAUGUUUGUUCUGAUUCAGCGAUAAACCACAAGUUUCCCUGGGGGAAAGUGGUGGGGCGCACGGACGUGUGGAUGAGCCCCUAGCACCAAAUGUUGCAGCCUCUUCUUGAAGUGGAGUUGCUCCAUCUGCUUGAUCAAUUUGGUUUCCCUUUUCUGAACCUUUUCCAGCCCUUAAAUAUCCUUUUUAGGCGUGGCGAACAGAAUUGUGCACAAGUAUUCCAAGUGUGGCUGCACUGUAGAAUUCCAUAAAGCAUUGACAGUAUUGGCAGUUUUAUUUUCAGUCCCUUUCCUAAGGACCCCUAACAUGGUGUUCACCUUUUUCACAGCUGCCACACACUAGGUUGACGUUUUCAUUGAGCUAUCUACUACAACGCCAAGAUCCUUUUCCUGGUCAGUCACCACUUGCUCAGACCCCAUCAGUGUAUAUAGAAUCAUAGUAUUGUAGGGUUGGAAGGGACCAAAGGAUCAUCUGGUGCAACCCCCUGACAUGUGUAGUUAGGAAUUUUUUUGGCCCAAUGUAUAGAAAGUACAGGUAUGUCAGCAUACAUGAGGAAGUGAAAGGCCUUACAGAAAGGGAAAAAAAGAUGGAAAGGGCAAAGAUGGAAUUCUGUGAGGAGAUAGUGGAGUACUGUAAGCAGAGCUGAAAUGGAAAGCUUGGAGGACAAAAUGAGAGUGGGGAUGAAAGGUUUCUGAGCAGGAGUUGUGGGCUAAAUCAGCUGUCAGUGCUUUAGCCCAGCUUUAUGUGAACAUAUAAAGCGGAAGGUCUCUCCCAGCCCCACUGAGAUGCCAAGGACUGAACUUGGCACUUCCUGCAUUCAAACAUGUCCUCUGCCGCUGAGCUAUGGGCACUCCCUGCAAGCAACUGCUCUUCCAUUCCCACUUAUAAGCCAAAAAGUAGUGCAUAUCAGAUGUAAGAAGCUCUGGUUAAUUCAUGCUAUAUUCCCAGUGCCCCCACAGGAGAGUCUUAGGCCACAGGGGCUACUGAAGAACCACAGUGCAGCAGAAUACCUGGGGUUGCUUGGAUGACAUUGUCUGAUUCAUUACUGUGCCAAACAAGAUAACAGAACCCCCUUCUCUUUAGACAAGAUCCUCCCCACACCAGACCACUUUGGCUCCAGGGUCACAGCUGUCCUUGUGUUCUUUUACUCCUUGCCCAGGAAUUGUGGGAACGUGUUCUGUGCCAGCUGCUGCCACCUGAAGCUGCCCAUUCCUGAUCAGCAGCUCUAUGACCCGGUCCUCGUCUGCAACACCUGUUACGAUCACAUCCAGGUAUCCCGUGCCAGGGAACUUAUGAGCCAGCAUCUGAAGAAGCCCAUUGCCACCGCUUCUAGCUGA